AGUGCUUAGCGCUCGGUGGGAGUCGCACGCUAAGCCUUGUCUAGGGAGCCUGCGGUGACAGUUGAUUUUACAAUUGGUUAACUCGGAGGGGGGCGGUGCGUCUCCAUGGUAACGGCAAACAGUCCUAAUUUAAAGGUUUCGGUACUUAGAGCAUCCUGCUUGAACUAAGUGCUGUCGGCUAUAGCUGACCUCCCAGGUAAAUAGAUACUGUAUGUAAUGGGGGGAAUGGCUUAUAUAAAUAUCAAUAAUAAUAAUAAUAAUAAUAAUAACAGUACUGGGCUGGUGUGGGGUACAGGCAUGGCCUGGCUGAGUGUAAUGGGAUGUGCAGUCCAUGGGGAGCCAGCCAGGGGUUAGCCAUCACCAGUUUAUCGAUAUUAUUUCUCUGGGGAAUAGGAGGUAGUCAGGGUGUGUGUGUUUUAACAUCAUUAGAUUUUUAGCAGGGGUGAAAGGUCAAUGUUCAUGUUUUCCUAUUACACCCAUGUUGUUACUAAAUAAAUAAAUGCACUCAUUUAUGUCCAUAUUGUGCUGGGGAGCACCAUGGUCGACCCUACUUGUUUAUUUUGACCGGGAAGAGCGCAAGGUCCUCUUCAACCUAUUGUUCCUGUAAGUUUUCUUGUAAUUGUCCUAUUUAUAGUUAAAUCCACCUCUCAUAUUGUAAAGCGCUACGGAAUCUGUUGGCGCCAUAUAAAUGGCGCUAAUAAUAAUAACUAUAGAAAAUAUACAAAAUAAAGUAUGUCACUAUAACAUAUAUGCACACACAAAAUAGCCUUGCACUCAGAACGAAAAUCUCAAAUUCCCAUUGAGCUGUUAGCAGCAGAUCCUUUAAAUCCUGCAGGUUGCUGUAAACACCCCCCACGACUUGCCAGUUUGGAGAUUCUCUGACCCAGUUGUAUAGCUAUCACUAUUUGGCUACCUGCUUCCAACACAUGAAAUUCAAGUACUGACUGUUCACUUGCUGCCUAAUAUAUCCCACCCCUUGAGAGGUGCCACUGUAACGAUCUAAUCAAUGUUAAUCACUUCACUUCUUAGUGGUUUUAAUGUUGUGGUUGAUCAGUGUAUUAUCCUGUUGGAUGGAAAUCAGGUUAUCAAGACAGUUUUGUUGGGGUUUUUAUAUUGUUUAAUUGAAUGCUCUACCGCACCACGUGCAUUCUUUAUAAAUACCUUUAUUUUUAACGUUAGUCUUAGUGUUGAGGUUAUUGCUCCCUCCUCCUCGAUUAUUUGUAAUAUGUAAAGCUUUACCAUAAAACUCACCUUUUAUGUUCAAACCAUAUAACCAUGUGCAAUGACCAAUAGCUGAGUAUCUCUUGAAGAGAAUAUUACAACGCUAUGUUGCACGUGUAUGUUUCUUGAUGAUUCAGUUGUCACUUGCCCAGAGCAGGCCCCACUCCCUCAGCAAUCCAACGAGGACCGGAUACAAAGUCAGAUGAAGUCCAACGCAGAUUUAUUGAAGCGCAGUUUGACAUCUUACCAUGAGUUGGCGCCAGGGCACCAUCUGUAGUCGUUAUGGUGAUUGUAAUGUUUCUCUAACGGCCUUUUAUUAUACCUAGACCCUGUGCACCAGAUGAGGUUUUAAUAAUCAGAGCUGCUGCUAUCCACCCUCUCCCUGUGUUUAUAAAAUAAAAGUAAUAAAGCAGAGUUACAAACUAAUUGGGAAUUCACCAGCAAGUGCAUAUUUUACACCAAAAUGUUUGCACUAUGAAGAUUUGUUUUUAAUUUGACUGCCUUGUUUCCAGUUCAGCUAUUUUGGUCUAAAAUUUGGAAAUUAAUAUAAAUUACCAAUUCUUACUUUAGAAAAUAACCCUGUUUAUAUUUAUAUUGUACACACAUCCCUAGGAGGGGGCAGUUUUGUCUACAAGGAUUGGAAGAAUAGGGUCAACGACGUAAUCAAAUAGGGUCAUUCACUAAGGUGAGAAUUUAAAGUGAACUUCAACUUUGAGGCCACAGUAGUCGAACUGAAAGCACAACUGGCUUAGAGAAUGUUUCCAGAACAGCUAUUAUGAAAUUAUGAAGUUAUUUGAAAUUCAGUUUUCCUUCACUAUAAAUUCUCGUUUUAGUAAAUCAUCCUGAAAGUGUCUAAAAUACAUUGUAGCUAUUCCUUCUUAGGGUUUUGGUGUUAUUUUACCAUUUUGAUAUAUCAUUAUGACAAAAACAAGAAUAAUAGGUUGCGCUACAUAAAUAUCAAAUGAAAAAGGGAUAAAUAUGGCAAACACUUUAAAACAUAAAAGAGGAAAAAUAUGUAAAAAGAAAAGGGGAUUUAAUAAAUAUAUAUAACAAAUAUAUAUAUAAAAAAAGAAAGAUAGUCCAAAUUCUUGAUAUACUUUAAAAAGUUCAAAUAAGUGGAUGAUAGUGACAGUACUUGGUAUAUUUCUCUUUCAGGUUCCGGUAAGUAUUUGGGAGUAGAAAGUCCAAUAAGAGACUGAAUCUUCUAAUCUUUAGAGGAGUCUUGAUUCAGAGGUGAACAUGGAAAAUAUAAGCAACAAAGACGAUCCAAUAGUGUAGACUGUCUGUGAUAAAUAAUAAUAAUAGGUAGGUAGUACACUCACCUAUCUUAGAGCAUGAACUUGCUCUAGUAUGUUGGGCGUUCAAUGGCGUUUAUCCCCCACUGGUAGGAUAUAGGUGAAGGUAAUUCCUCGGUAAUAAAAAGGAGAUAAAAGCAGAAUAUAGUGCUCACUGAAUCAAAAUGAAAUAAAAUGAAAUAAGGGAAUAAAAAUACUCACAUUCGAAUGAGCAGGAUAAACUGCUCAGUAUAUUCGCAUAGGUGGUACAAUCCCCACCAAGGAUUCUUGGUCGUGAGUAGAUUCCAAGUUGGUGAAUGACCAGGUGACAGAAAAUAUUUUUAAAUUUUUUUUUUUUAAAAAUAAGAUAAAAAGGUAUAUGGCAAAAUUGUUGUAAAAGAGCCACUAUUCCUUUAUUAGUACAAUAAAAAAUAUAUAAAAUAGCCAAAACGCGUUUCGCCACACAGGGCUUUAUCAACUGGCAAUAAUAAAAAUCAGCCUGGUACAUAGAGACUUUUAUAAACUAUGAUAAAACAUGCUUAUUCAAAUUUUGGCGCCAAAAUGACGUCAUCCAUACAGUGUGUAAAAAACAAAAUGAUUAAUUACAUAAAAAUACAUGAAAAUACAAAAUGCAUAGUAAUAGUGAUAUAUCAUUAUAUUUAUAUUUAUUUCAUAGCAAUGAGUGCUUCAGACUCAGUAAUGGACUAUGGAACCACUAAAAGACAUGCAAUUCCUAUUGAUCACCUGGACUACCGAUUCAUAGAGAAAUGUACAGAUGUCAAGCACUUGGAAAAGGUCCUGCAUGUUCUCAGGUACUGUGUGUUUUUGUGCUUUGUAUGCUAAGCUUGAAAAAUACUCCAAGUGUAACCGCAAAGCAAAAUUGAAUGGUCACCAUUUAGACAUAAAACCUCUUGUCCUUUACAAAUUUUUUUUUUUUUGCAAAUCUUAUUUUAUUGAGGUAAAAGCAAUAAGAAACUAGAAAAUGAGGCUCGCAGGCCUCUGUGAAAAACAUUGUGACAGGUUAUAACACAUGGUAUUUGUCAACCUAAUUCAGUGUACAUGUUAUAUGACUUUGAAGCAAUGCUUAGUUACAGUGGUAUAGGGCAUGACUGGUGUAUAUGCAGUGUAUACAGAUACGGCAUGAGAGUAGUUUCACAGUGGUCAUUUUCAGGCAGUAACCUAAAUGUAUAUGUGGCUUACGUUCCAUGUUCGUUGCAUGACCUCCUGUGUAUGUAUAUACCGCUUUUGUUCAUCAAGUAUGGUGCUAAUGUUCCCAAGUCAUGGAUGAGUUUAGUGGGGAGAGGUAAAUGUUGUAAGGAAAAGAAAGAGAGAGAAAGGCUAUGUAGGUAUAGAAUAGUCCUUCCCUGGUUUCCGCGCCUCCAGGUCUAAGCGAAGUGAGCGAUGUGUUGGUACGUAGUGUUCGGGUUUUGUCUGGUUCUGUUGUAGUGGCUUGUGGUGUGUAUUCUAGGGAAUGCAAUCUAGUCCGCUUCUGUGCUAUCAUCUUCCGCUAUGGAAAUGUCAGGAGACAUAGUGUGCUGUGUUAGGCCUUCCCCUCUGUGUGUUGGUCCUCUGGUCGCCCGUCUGUGUGGUGUAUCCCGUAGCCUGUGUUGGGGGUCAUGGUUUGUGUUAACCGGUCGUGCGGACAUUGAGUGGGGUUACGUGACGCCGUGCUGUCGGUCGUCCCGUGUGUGCGUGCGUGUGUUCUGUAAAAGACAUGAACCAUCAAGGGAGUGUGUGUUUCCAUGGGCAUUGUCUCCUGCAGAGGUGAGGUGUCCUAUAGAGAGUUUAUGGCCAGUAAAGGGAUGGGUCUGGGAUCUACCGUCCAGCCCUCCGCUCCUGAUGUGCAUGGUGUGGGCCCACUAUCUACCCGCCUGGUACGAGAACCAGGGUCGCCAUGUCUCCGCGUGUCUUGUCGAACGACGCGCCAGGGAUGCCUGUAGCGCCUCCGCCGCCUGUAUGUCUCCGAUCCUAUGGAGCCAUUCCUCCGUAGUGGGGACUUCUGAUCUCUUACAAUAGACGGGAAUCAGGGAUUUGGCAGCAUUCAGUAAGUGGCGUAGGAUUGAUCUCUUAUAUCCAGGGAUGGAUUGCGAGGUGAUAUGCAGUAGGGCCAAUUCUCGAGACCAUUCUGUGUCAUCCCCUAGGAUUGCCUUAUUUUCUGAAUGAAUAUGAUGGUUCGGCAUUCCCACCACAGGUGUAACAAGGUGCCUCUCACCUCCUGUCCUAUACCACAUGGAGAUCAAUUUAUAGUUGACCUCCUGGUAGUAGGAGCUAGAGGAGCUUUUAGGUUGCCAUAGUAGUGCCGUUCCCCAUUGUGUUGUUGUGAUUGGUAUGUCCAUUUGUUCUUCCCAUCGUCUUUGAACGGUAUUAUUAUCCGAAGAGGGCCCCUACCAGCAGAUGUUGGUAAAGUGUAGAUACUGCUUUUUCAAGUGUGGCACGUCGGCGGCAUAGGCCUUCGAACCACGUAAGGUCUCUGUGCAGUAGGAUUUUGUGAGGUAAGGAAUCGUAAUAGUGUGUCAGUUGUAGGUAGUGGAGGGUUAGUAGGGACGUCUGUGGUCUGUCAGCCAACAGUGAGGUUAGUGACCGAAUGGUUCCCCCUUCCAGAAUUGUGCAGAACGGGACAUAUUCCUUCUCCCCCAGAAACGCCCAAGUCCCAUAUGGGAGUCCUCCUCCAAUAUUGGGGUUGUGGGUGAACGGGUGUAUAGGGCUGGGGGUCGGGGAGACACGUGCCAAUCUUCUAGCUGGUUUUCAUGUCUUCAGCGUCUGUGCCACUGGGUCCCCGCCCCCCUCCUUCCCGCAUCGACCCGUCCCUUCCCGCCAUACGUCAACUUUAAGUUUGGUCCCCGAUUCCCCUCUGUCCAGGAUUACCCAUUGUUUUUCGGAUUUUCGGCUGCGUGCCACUCCAGGAUACGUUGCAUUGUGGUAGCUUGGUGGUACUUUUUAAAAUCUGGGAGUGACCCUUCCGAGAAUCCUUGUAGCUUAUUCAAGGUUCCCCUAAGGAAUCUUGUCUGAUUUGUAUUGGGCACAUAGAUCGAUACCAACGUGUAAAGCAAUGGUGCAUUUCAGGAAGAUAAAUCUCCCCUGUGUGUCGAUCAUCUUGUCCAGUUUCCUGAAGCCCAGGUCAGCAGACAGGAUGAUGGCAACACCUGCUUUACGUGCCGUGUUGUGGUUGCUGAAAAAAUUGUUGGGAAAGUACCGGUUCCGUAGUUUUGGUGCGGAACCCUCUAGGAAGUGAGUUUCCUGAAGCAUAGCUAUCAAUACAUGCGUCUUCCGUAGGUCUCACAGUAGAUGGGUGCGGCGUUCGGGAACGUUCAGUCCUCUAUAGUUAAGAGUCAGGACGUGCAGAGGAGCAGUGUGGUAAGGUGCGGCGAUCCCGGCUGUCGGUCCAAGGCACGCAGAGAGUUCGGCGUCUACUCUCCUGACCCCCUCUCCUGAGCUAGUUGUAGGAUCCCGUCAAGCUCCCACCUGUUGGCGUAGUCCACUAGGUGCUAGUGUUUGGUGUAGCUGCGGGAGCGGAGGGCCAGUUAGAGCGAUCCCAGUUGAGAAACUGAGUCACUAAUGCAGGGGUUAUCAUGUACAAAAAUGACCCUUCUCCCUCCCCUUAGUCCUGCAGGGUGUGUCGGGUUGUGUGGUCGUUACUGUGUUUGUGGCAGUUGCGGUGGGUGCUACCGGUGCGAGGAGGGCGCGUGUUGUGACUAUAGUAUGUGCCUGUGCCAGAGCCAAGGGAGGGCGACCAGGGAAGUAUAAGUGGUGCCGGGUAUAGCGAGUAGAAAGGAGUAGAGUAAAAAAAUGGGGUAAGACAGAGAGUUCCCAAGUGGAGGUGUCCCUUCUGAGGGGAUGAGAAGAGAGUUCACCUCAGUACCUCCCCAAUGUAAGGAGGUAGUAGUCGUGCGACAGCAGGAGUUGCCAGAGGCCACCCCAGUAACCAGACCGAAAUGUGGACUUCCGGGGGCUCUGCCGUCAAGGAAAAUGCACGACCCUUAAUUGGAGUCAAUGGCUCCACUCCGAUCCGGUGUGGAUAUGAAAGAUAAGUGUGAUAUCAGUAAAGUACCUGUUGGUCCCCCCUCCCACCAGCACCAUAGCCUGGUGCUAUAUGAAAUAUCUAAAAGCUAGGGCGCCACCGAACAGAAGUGGUACGAAUUAACAUGAAUAGAUUAACAGUGCAACAUUAGGAAAGUGCGAAAACAGCAUGGAGACUUAUAAACUUGGUAUCAACAUUCUAUCCCUCUCCAUCCACCCCUAUCCCCCAGGACCCCGAGGUGCCCCCCAUAAGCAUAUGGUAACCGCGCAAGGUUCGUUCAGUUCCCCUCCGCCUUCCCAUAUGGGGAAGGGAAGACCCGCUAGCUAGCUUCAUGCACGUGUGAGUCAAAUAUGGUAUCUCCCCGUCAGGACCCCCCUCCAUCUUUCACCACCUCCCGGAUGUCUGCCCCCCAGUGUCAGUAACGUGAAGGGUUCUGCCCUUCCCUCGCCUGAGAUGCCGCCCCCCCAGCCACAAGACCGCCCGGCCCCCUGGGGGUACACCCCCGGAUAGGGUGGGCAGCUUAUCCCACCGGUCUGUAUGUCUAGGGGGGGCAACAUGGUCAGCGAGUGUGAUAUACAGUUGCCAUCACAACGUGUGUAUAACAGCUAUGUGUGACAUGGAAUCUAAAUACGGUACAUUGUGCGCAACAAACAUUCGUGGUGUAUGAGGCGAAUUUGUUGGGUGAGAUAUGUGACCAGUGGUGUACGCUGGAGGGCACUGCCGAAUACCGUGAGUCCAGAGCAUAGGUCUUCCAGAGAGUUGGUGCGGUUUUGCCGCAUCAAUGUCCUACCGGACCCUGCUCCGUCAUGGGCGCAGGUGUCCCCUGGUGCUAUCGAUAGUAGGCUCGUGACAUAAGGCCAAUAUCAGGGUCCACCCUAAGCUAAAAGUUCCCCGCAGCAAUCCCACCUCCCCAACAUUAAUCCACGGUACCGUUCAUCGUGUUGGCCCACAUGGCAAUAGAUCCCCCUCCAGAGUUCCCAUUCAUCGAAGAGGAGAAGCAUUACUCUUCACACCCACCCAAAGCUCCCUGAGGGCAGGGAAAUAAAGGACAGCCCCAGUCCAGCUUCCCGGUGAUGGAUAGGAAUCCCACAUGGGGCAAAGCAGGGGGGUAUCCACUCAGUGUCCCAGUCCGUGGAGCGGGACGGAGAGACAGCAGUUCCUAUAAUAGUGUCCGUGCAGGGUAGAGUGUUCCCUUGAGUGAGAGGGUCAUGAGGGGAAAGCAGUGAGUGGAGGGCCUACCUGUUAUUCUGGCGCCUCCGGAUUGUUAUGUCUGCGGGGUGCCGGACCUCUUAGCGGAUUGUCCCCACGCCUCCGAGGUGCCCGCUGUUGGCGGGAUCUCCCUCCCAGUGGUCCUAGGACCCAGUCCUGAACAGAUAUCGAAGGUAAGUCCAUCUCCUCCAGGAAUCUCAGGAUCUCCUCGGGCCAACGGACCGAUGUCCAGCCAUUCUGGUUGCGAGCUAGUAGGGCGAAGGGAAAGCCCUAUCUAUAAGGUAUGUUCCGCUCCUGUAGGGCUGUGGUUAUAGGUUUCAGUGCUCUUCUGGCCUCAAGCGUAAUGGGGGAGAGGUCAUUAAAUAGGGAGACCGAAGCUCCUCUGUAAUCCCAGGUCGGGUGGGAGUGGGCUGCUCUCAUGAUGGCAUCCUAAUCCUGAAAAGAGUGGAGGCAGCAUAUCAAGUCCCGCGGGCCGUCUUCUAAGGACCGGGGGCGUAAGGCUCUAUGUGCUCGUUCAAAUUUAGGGGUGUGAGGUGCGGCCUCUCCCAGUAUCAGGCGGAAUAAGCCAAUUAGAACGUCCUCUACAUCCUCUACAUCUUCUUCCCCUCCAUCAGUUUCGGGGACCCCGCGGACCCUGAUAAUGCAUCUGCGCCCCCUGUUAUCUAAAUCCUCGACUGACCUUCUCAUGUGCAGUAACAGCUCACCUUGUGGUAUGGGCCUCUUCCGAGCGUUCCAGGUCCUGAAUGCGGCCCGCCUGUGCCGUCACCUCCAUCCGGAUUCCCGCCAUCUCAGCUCGAAGUGCAUCCUGUAUGGUAGUGGUAAGGACCAGGAGGUCUGCUUUUGUAGCCAUUGCAGCAGCCAUAGUGCGGAGUUCGUCUCCAAUCGUCUCCAGUGCGGCGCCAUGUGGUUCCCUGGGGGAUGGGCCAUCUGCGCCAUAUUGGAGCCACUUGCCUCCCCGCUCGCGUCAGGUUGGGACUGGAGGAAUCCGUCCAUCGGGCCGCGUGGCUGACCCAGUUGGGAGCCCCAACUGGGUAAUAGUAUGCUUUAACACUUGCAUCUAUCAGAAGCAUAGUCUAUGGCUCACAUAGUCACACUUGGCAAAUGUUACAACAACUAGGAGAGUGUUCAAGGAGCAAAGGACGUGUUUAUAAUAUUGGGAUUGUGAUAGACUAGAGGUUUAAACUAUACAGAUUAAGGUUACAAUAAUAAACUAAGCAGAUUAAUAUUAUAUUCAUCCAACCAAGCUAUAAUUAAUUUAGUUAUAACUACCCACUUGACGUUCUAACAGAUUUUCAGUGUGGAGCUGGCCAUGUUGGAAUCCAUCACAAUUUUCGAAUCUUCAGUGACAAUUACUGAAAUGGAACAUGUCAACAGCUUGUCCGAAUUCAUGAUUUGCCGAGUAGCUUCCAGCUUUCCAUUGUGUAGCAAAGAGGGAUGUGCUUUUCGAAGAAAAUGCAAAAAAAAAAAACCCCUAAAAAUAUAUAUUUCUUUCAAAAUUUAUAACAACAACUAGUGAACAGAUUUAGAAAUGAUCAAUGCAAGUUAUAGAAUGUUGGAGACAAAUAUUUUGACUUUAUUUUCAUGAUCAUCACUUCCUGUUAAUGAAUUCUUGUAAUUCCAUAACGAAAAACCUUUAGUGUUGACAAUACGUUUUUUUAUUUUCUUAAAGGUAACUGCCAAUAGUAAUAGUUUAAAUAAGUUUACAUGUAUCAUAGCCUCACUGUGUAUGAUUUUGCAAUGAAUACAUUUAAUUUAAUACACUGUGUUCAGUUCAUCACCUAACUUACGCUUGCUGUGUGGAGGCUGCCAUCUUUAGACCUUUUUUUAUUGUAUCUGCUAAGACAAUGUACAAUGCUAAUGGUUAAAUGCAUCCUAGAGUGCAUUUAUGAGAUACCUGGCAUGAUGUCAGGAUUCAUGAAUGUGCAUUAACUCUUGAUUACCUGUCCUACAUUGCUUGCAAGGACUUAUUCGUGUCUGCCCCUUUAGAGAAGGGUAAGAAUCUAGAUGUAUUUCUUGAAUUAAAGCAUUUUAAAUUUCUUCUAGGUCUGGCGAAGAGGGACAUUACCCAGAUUUAACAUUAUUUUGUGAAAAGCGUAUUGAAAACCUGUCUCCUCAAAGUCGAGCUCUGCGGAAAGAUAAGCCUCCAGCCACUGCAGCAGAUUUCUCCUUGGAAGAUUGGCAACAGAUUGAUAUUGAUUUAAAGGUAUACAUGUAAAUCUAUCACUGAAGAAAAUCAUAUUAAUAUGGAGAAAAGAAACACAUUACACUAUACCAUGCAAACAAACUGUCACGGACCGUAAAUAUUAACAGACUCCCUUAUUAUUUCGUCCUUUAUGUCUUGCUGAAAGGGUAGGCAGCCUUUGGCAUUCCAGAUGUUGUGAACUAUAUCUCCUUGAUGCUUUGCUUUGCCAUCAUUGUGGCUAUUUAUUGUGGCUAUCCACAACAUCUAGAGUGCCGAAGGUUGCCUACCCCUUCAGAAAGACAUUUGCAUCUUAUUAUUUGUAAUGUCUGUUGGCAGAGUAUGCAGAAGUGAAAUAGUAGGCAGGGUUUAUGCAUUGCUUUUUCUAGACUAGUACUGUGCGGGUUUGUAGCGGAGCUCCCUGUACCCCAGCUGGGUACCUCCGCCAAAGGACCGCUUCCUAGCUGGAACAGGGGACAAACCGCAGCACUUCUGCCCACAGUCGCCGUGGCUGAACUGGGGCCCUGGAACCGCUCAUCCCUGGAGCCGAAUGGGGAAUUGGCUCUAGUCCUUACAAGGACUUUCCCUGGUGAAUCUCCUAUAAGCUGGAACAGCAGACACAGGAGCAAGCUUUCUUCCCUUAAAUCUCCUGCAAGCUGAAGCAGCAGACACAGGAGUAAAUCUUCUUUCCCUCCAAUAACAGGACGACACACAGUUUUGUAGUGUAAGCAGGAACAGACUGAGCUGGGGCUUUAUUGUUUCUUUUACACAUAUUUUCCCACAAGGUUACCACCCACGUGGACCUUGUGGUACACAGGACACAAAGUUGCAACAGCCAAUCAACACCGUACAGUCAGACACUCCCAGCUAAGGCACACAAACCCUCCCCUCUGCCUGUGAUAUAAUUACUGAACACAAUGGGCUAACUUAAUUAACACAGGCAGAAAAUAUACAGUUUUACCCAAAAGACAGAAACACCCCAAAACAACAACAUACCCCCAUAAAUAUAUGCAUCCAUGGAUAGCCCCGAUCUGGGUGAACAACAUAUCCAAAAAUCACCCAGAUCAGAGCAGGGGUUCAAAAGUUUUAUGGAAGUCACAUUUGAUCGACUGCAAGCAUGGCUUUCAUGCCCAAAACAGUUCAACAGAUUUAGGCUGUGCAGCCGGUCUAUCGGUUUAUGCAUGCACUGGUGACUUGCGAACCCGUUACUUUCCAGUCCUGGAAGGGCUGACAUGGUGGAGUAUUUGGGCUGAUCAGGCCACUAGAUUAUGAUGAGUAUGUAUGAUGUCCUUGUAGGGGGUUUGCAAGUGAAAGCUGUUUGUCUGGUAAGCAUGAACAGAUCUCCAUGAAUGCUCCAUCAGGCCAUACUGAUAGAGAUUGCAGCGGUGUAUAAUGUCACACCUUGCAAUGCCAAUAGCCUCACUAUGUCACAUUUAUACAUUGCAUACUCUGCAUGGGAGGGGUAGGGGACGGGGUACACUGACAUAGAUAUCUGUGAGUUUUGAGAGCAAACAAUUUAAUUUGUUUGUACUUUGCUGUAGGCUAAAAGUUGGCAGCCCUCUACUGGUACAAUUUUUGUAAACUUUAUCUUUUUGUUUGUUUUAUGCCAUAUUACCUGCUUCUGAUUUCUCCCACAGAAUUGGUUAACAGAUAUAAAGAUGAAGGAUCAGGAACAAUCUGCUGAACCUCAUAAUGCCCAGAGUUUGCCACCUGUACGGGAUUACUCCAGCUGUCCACAGAACGUUAAGGUAUUCUUUCUUACAAAGUAAUGCAUUACUAUUAUGGUGUUUAUCUAAACUCACAAUUAUAUCAAAUUAAUAUCCAAAUCACAAAAUUGGGGCUAAAUUGGCUUUUGUGGAAACGUUAUCAAAUUUAGCUAUAGUCAUCACUUGGCUAUUUUAGCCUAAUGUUUGUCAUUCAUAUUUGUGCAGUAAAAUUUGGAAUUUAGUUAAUAAACCUCAAUGUGUGUCUAUAUGUAGCAAAAGUAUGGUAUCGUUGUCAUUCUCGGGACAUGGCUAGAGUGGACAUACACAAUAAGUGGUGGGUUUAGAUAGUGUAUAUAUGUAUAACAUCUCAGUGUGUAAGAUUUAUUUUUCUUUAAAUAAUUUCCUAGAUAUGCUACCACUAUGCAUGUCUUAAUGAAUAUAUGCUUUUUUUAAAAUAUAUAUAUUAUAGCCAAAAGAAAAGGGAAAACAAGAAAUGAACAGUAAAGUGCCACGGGAUUAUAGAGACUGGGACAGGUGAGAAAUAACCAAUACAUGUAUUUGUUUUGAAAAUGUUUCCCAAAUGUACUUAUUUAAUAUGUUGAGCCAUUAGCAAAACUCGCUCUGGCUUCUCAGCAAUUUCUGAGUAAAAAAAAAAAUAUUUUCCCAACAAUACUAUAUUGGCCAAAAUUUAUUCCUGAGAUUAUUCAAAUAAUCCAUAUUUAUUCUUUGUUGGGAAAAGUCUAGGUUAAAGGAACAUGGUAGUGUUAAGAAUACAAACAUGUACUCCUAAAGCUAUAGAUUUGAAAUUCCUAUGUUAGUCUUCCCCUGCUGCAUCAGGGUUUGAAAUGUGAGAUUUGCUUAGCUUUCAGUCCUUGCUGCGCUGGUCUUUGUCUUGCUUUUCUGCCUCUUUGGCUGAGAAGGUCAGUGUAGAUGAUCUCGGCCAAUCUAAUGUUUCUCCAUAUGUAAACAUUAGGAGGGUAGUGAAGGACCAUCUGAUUUCAAAUAAACUAUUUGGGUAGAAGCGCCUCUAGUGGCUGUUAGGAACAGGGAUAAACAGACCGGCAUAUGGCACCCAGACCACUUCACUGAAUUAGGUCUAGUCCUUACAAGGACUUUCCCUGGUGAAUCUCCUAUAAGCUGGAACAGCAGACACAGGAGCAAGCUUUCUUCCCUUAAAUCUGAAAUUGUCAUUGAGAUGAAGUGGUCUGGCUGCCUGAGGUGUCCCCUUAAAUUUUAUUGCUUUUUUUUUUUUUGUAUAAAAGGCUGCAUCUUUGGUAGUUCCGCCCCGACCACAGAGUAAGGGCAGUAAUCUACUACUGCAGUAGUGUGUAUUGUCAAUGCAAGGUGCUCUAUAGACAGAAACACUUUGCAGGAUUGUCUGUGAGUGUCUGCAUUUCUUAAUGUUUACACAGCCAGUGUGUUUAAUAUAGACUGUUAACCUGUCAAAGUCUUAUGACACUGUAAAUCUACCCAAGGUAAAAGUUCUGCCUUUACAUUAACUUCUCUGAAUUUAGAGCAGAGGGCAUUGGAUCUUACUCAAUGAAUCAUUCAAGGCAUAUAUCAUUAAGGUUUUGUUAUCCUUACUUAAAGGAACAUAUCCUGCACCAAAAUAACCUAUGCUGUUUGCGUGGGGUGCAUUGUAAGGAGGCGUCUGCGUCUAAAAGGUCUUCAUACAAAACUGUCUACAGAGCUGACGGUAUAGUACAGUUACCUUAUAUGAGGAUUGGAAUUUUAGCAACGAGCUGCUCUGGGUUUUAAGGCAGCCACUGAAAAUAAUGGGAACAUCAGGAAUGUUGAGCUACUUGCUGUUAUCUUGGGAGCUCACAGGAUAUUCUGGUAGCUCUGGGGAUUUGCAGCAAACACAGGAACUUCAAAGACGGGAAUGCUUAAUUAUUGUUUUUUUUUUUUUCUUUAAUUGAGCAUUAAUAUGUUAUAUAUAAAAACAUCCCUCCCAUUGUGUGUGUAUGUAUAUAUAUAAUAUAUAUAAUUUUUUUUUUUUUUAUCUAUGGCUGUGUAGGUAACUGUAUUAAUAUAGUUUUAGUUAAUCCUGCAAAAAAUGCUUCCUGGUUGUCAGUAGAUUAUGUUGCCAAUAUAUGCUGUGUGUAAAUUACAUGUUCUGACCUGCUGGAGGCACCAAAGAGCUUUACAGCAAGUCACCUUGUAUCCUACCUUUGAACACGUGAUACAGAAUAAUGCAUACACCAACAUAUGUGCAGGAAGAUUGACAACUUCAGUGUGCUGUAUCUAUAAUAUAUAUAUAUAUAUAUAUAUAUAUAUAUAUAUGACACAGCACACUGAAAUUGUCAAUCUUUCUCAACAUAUGCAGCUCUGUGUGUGUGUGCAAUAAAUUAUUAUAUCGGGUUCCCAAUUAUUUUUUUCCCAUGGAUCCCUUUGACAUAGUAUACCAACAUCAUGGAACCUCCCCUCCCCAAAAAAAUGUUGAGCACAAACCUUUUGAGUGGCUUUUUCAUGAUCAUUUUAAAAUAUUUUGCUCAUAAACUGUUACUCCUGAAGCUUUCACUUAAAAAGGCAAUGUCUUUAUCUUUGUACUCUGGGUGGUUUUGCUCAAAAUUACAUAAUUUAGCCGACGGUAAAUACUGUUUGGCAAUAUUUUCUUGCAAAGUAAUCAUUGUGCUUGAGGAAUAUUUUUAUUUUUGGAACUUGUGAAUCCAAAUGAUUUCUUCGCGUGAGAAGAAGAUUGGCUAGCAUUGUGUGCUUUUCUUUUUUUCUUUGACUUGUCACUUGUCUCUGCUGUUUGAGGAACAGUAGAUUCAACUAUUUUGGACCUGUUUUCUGGAUUUCUUGUUGUAUCUUCGUUCUCAGUUUCUAUAAGUGCCGAACAGCUAGAAGUAGUAAUAAUUUUUCUCUUGAUCGUUCCUUGCUUAAACCAGAUGUCCAAAUUCAUGGUUGUUGGUUGGUAAAAAAAACACUUCUCUAACGUGAAAAAAUAUCAUCAUCAGAAAUGGUGGUCUGAUCCAAUCACAAUGCUUCCCCAUAGGAUUGGCUGAGACUGACAAAGAGGCAGAUCUGGGGCAGAGCCAGCAUGAUUCAAACACAGCCCUGGCCAAUAAGCAUCUCCUCAUAGAGAUGAAUUGAAUCAAUGAAUCUCUAUGAGGAAAGUUCAGUGUCUGCAUGCAGAGGGAGGAGGCACUGAAUGGCAGUGCUGCUCACUGUGGAAGCACCUCAUGCAGCCAUCUGAGGAGUGGCCAGUGAAGUUAUCACUAGGCUGUAAUGUAAAAACUGCAUUUUCUUUGAAAAUACAGUAUUUACAGCAAAAAGACUAAAGGGAAUGAUUCUACUGACCAGAACAAAUUCAAUAAGCUGUAUUUGGUCUGGUGACUAUAGUGUCCCUUUAACCGUAAGCAGGAUUUUGAAUCAGUCUUGGAGCAAAAAUAUCACUUUAAUGCAGAUUUCACUACCUGACUGCAAAGGAUGCUGUUUUGUUAACAGCUCUUAGAAAGAAAUAAUUUUGGGGUAUAUCACUUAUUUCUACAGAUAGUAAGCAGAAAAAAAAAGUAUAUCUAUAUAAGGUUAACCAAAAAAAAAAAAUAUGGGAAUCCCACUACUACUCUACUCUACUCUACUGUUAACCUGAGGAAGACCUAUAUGGUUGAAACGCGUUGUUCUUUUACUUUGGACAUUUUUAAUUAUUUGUCUGCUGCUAUAUCAUGUUUUCUGCACUUUAUUGAAGUAAAUCCAUUUGAGAAAAACCUUCCAGUUUCCUGAAUAUUUGGGAGUAACAGAAUUCCAGGAUUCAUUCCAGCAACUUUAUCUGCUGAUAAGCCAUCACAGCCAGAGCCUGCUAUACGUGGCUCUGGGAAGAGUGAGUGACCAAUUACCUCUAUGUACUUUAAUAUCUUUUUUUUUAUUUAUAUAUAUAUAUAUAUAUAUAUAUAUAUAUAUAUAUAUAUAUAUAUAUAUAAUUACACUAUGUACAGUUUUAUAUUUUACAGAUAACCAGAGACAAAUUGUAAGGUCCUCCUUGAUAUAAGUAUAUAUCACAUUGUAUGGUGGUGUUUUUAAUUGUGCAUACUGUACUUUGUACUUAUUUAUGCAUAAUGGCGCAGUCACGCAAUCUCUUAAUAAGAUCACGGUGGCCAUCUUGGAUAUGGCGAUUCACGGCAGAACCUCAGCUAUGUUCUUGCGGAACCUUAAGGUUCCACGGAACACCAAUUGGGAAACGCUGACUUAAAUACCGAAGUGAAAUUUUUUUUUUUUGUAAUUUUUUUUAGUAGUGUUAAUUUUGUCGACUAACAAUUUUAGUCAAAUUUAAGUUGCCUAAAAUUUUUGAGAUUUAGUCGACUAAUUCUAGACUAAACUAAAACAAAUCAGAUGACUAAAAUACACCUAAAACGGCUUUUAAAAAUAAAUUUAAAUUUGCCACCAAAAAGAACAGAGGUGCUGUGGAAAGGACAAAAGAGACAGACCAGGGCUUGGGAGAGAGAGACCUAGAGAGGCUGGGAGGACACAGAGACACAGAGGGGCUGGGGAAGGAAGAAAAGAGACAGAGGCUUUAACUAAAUCACUGGAGAUUUAGUCAACUAAAACAAUUCAGAUGACUAAAAUAAGACUACAACUAAAAUAGCUUUCUAGCCAAAAGACUGAUUAAAACGAAUUGAAAUUUACAGCUAAAAUUAACACUGUUUUUUAGAUAUUAAUCAUUACAUAGAAUGUGACGGCAGGAAUUAAACUGUUCGCUGAAAUGAAAAAAAACAACUAACAGUUAACUUCCAAUCAGUUUAUUCUAAUAUAAUGCAAGUGCUAGCCACAUGGAAAAAUCUUAAUAUUUCCUGGUCAGGUAGAAUAGCAGCGAUUAAGAUGACUAUAUUACCCAAGAUCACUUAUAUUAUGCGCUGCAUACCCUGGCAGUGUCCUUUGUAUUUGCUGAAUAAUUUACAGCGGGCGAUUGAUGUAUUUAUCCAUCAGAAUAAAAGAAUGCGUAUUAAGAUACCAAUUUUGGUCAAAAACAUUUCUGGUGGAGGGAUUGCAUAUCCAGACAUUAAGAAAUAUGAGGGGGGACGGGGCCUGACCGCUGAACUGUGAGGAAGCAUGCCUCACCAGCUCCUGCAACUUAGGGCAAACAAACCCGAAUUAAGACUCCAAAGAGGCACUAAAACUGGGGCGCACAAACAGACACCACACAAGCGAAGAUGUCCCUCAGGUGCACCCAGACUCAUGACGGGCCUGAGAGCCUACUGGAGAGCAAGCCACGAGAACCUGCACCAAAGACCCAGGUGGGAGCCCCAGCAUAUACUGCUGGAUCCCCACCCUCCCCACAGGCUCCCAAGAGAGACCGCCCUACUAGCGGAGACCCGACUCCUCACUAAGAGCAACCACAGCCGGACAAAGGCAAAACAAACUGGAGGCACUACAUUAAGACGGCGGCGAAAACCCAGCCUCACCGCCCAGCCAUGAAACAGCCUAAGAGAGGCACGGACCACCCCACUCACGCCGACAAAAGGCAGACCACUGUGCUCACCAGGGGGGCCGCGACAACAUGACACCAAGGGCACAGAUACAGCCAACAAACACACAGGUGGACCGGGCCCAUUAUCGGAGCCACAUCAUACCUAUCACCGCAGAUGCUGGCCCACGCUCAGACACUCCACCCACACAUCGCCGAACAGAGAGGACCACAUAUCACAGCACAGCCGCGGCAGACCGCACAGGGGGAGCACACCCAGCCCCUACAAGGCAUCGGAUGAACCACACAGCACUGGGACUUAAUGUCUAGAAAAUAACUCAUCACCUCAUCCAUUUUUAUGUGUUUUACUAAUUUUUCAUGACUCAGAUGAACUCCCACAACUGUCUGUAUGCCACUAACCCUGCACACCCCUCCUGACAACUCCAGUAGGGGACCAAAGAGAGGGUAUUCCUCAAGAUCAAGCGACCACACAUUAAAGGACCACUAUAGUGCCAGGAAAACAUACUCGUUUUCCUGGCACUAUAGUGCCCUGAGGGUGCCCCCACCCUCAGGGUCCCCCUCCCGCCCGGCUCUGGAAAGGGGAAAAACUUACCUUUUUCCAGCGCUGGGCUGGGAGCUCUCCUCCUCCGAUCCUCCCCCGUUCCUCCUCCUGGGCUGAAUGCGCACGCGCGGCAAGAGCUGCGCGCGCAUUCAGCCGGUCACAUAGGAAAGCAUUCAUAAUGCUUUCCUAUGGACGCUUGCGUGCUCUCACUGUGAAAAUCACAGUGAGAAGCACGCAAGCGCCUCUAGUGGCUGUCAAUGAGACAGCCACUAGAGGAUUAGGGGGAAGGCUUAACCCAUUCAUAAACAUAGCAGUUUCUCUGAAACUGCUAUAAUUAUGAAAGAAUGGGUUAACCCUAGCUGGACCUGGCACCCAGACCACUUCAUUAAGCUGAAGUGGUCUGGGUGCCUAGAGUGGUCCUUUAAGCAUGAAUAUGUAUAGACCAACUCAAACCCACACAGGUUUCUUUGACUAUUCAACACACAACUGUUUGCAUUCAUGGACUCACUCACUCUUGGAAAUAGCACUCACCAGAUUAGGAUGUUUACCUGCUUAGUUUUAAUAGCUUUGUUUUAGCCUGAGCCUAGGUUGUUAGCAUGCAUACUACUGUUCUCCUAUGUGGUAGUUUUAAGGUAUUCUGUCCUAGCUAAUUGUGAACCCUGUACAGCACCAUUCACAUUAAUACAUAUACAAGGGCAAUAUCAACUAAUGCAACACCAUGCUAAAAACUGCUCACCUAAGCUGUUAGUCUUGUAAGCCUGUGUAAUACUGCACUACAGAAACAGAGCAGGAGUAAAUAAUAGUUGAGCAACGUUACUGUGUAUAAAAAAAAAAAAAAAAAAAUGUGCAACAUCCUCCAAUGCCUAACUAUUGUUAAACCAGGAGAACAACUGUUGUGGCACUGCAAGCCUGUUAUGUCUUUUCCUUGCACAAAGAAAAUAAAGAAUAAAAAAAAAGAAAUAUCAGGAAGCCUCCCUCCUGGCACAUAUGCUGAGAUGGGAAGAAGAGGCACAAAACAAUAAUUGGGCAUCGAUAGAAGCUUACUUCUUUAAAGAAACGCAUCUGAACUCAAUCCUUUUUCGAGAUGAUUUAUCCAGUGGUCUAGUGCAAAACUUCAACAUUAUGGUACACUCUCAAAGGUUGGCGGAAUCUGAACUGUAAAUACUCCCUGAUUCCAUUCCCAAGUCCGAUCACUCCUAUUUUAUGGAUUCAGGAAAAGAUUCAUUCCCCUCUGUUAGAGAUAUUACUGAAAGUAGGAUGUAGAUACUUAAGAGACAUAUAUGUAAAUAAUGAAUUCCUUCCAUUUGACUAUAUAUCCAGUCUAACUAGCAUGUGAAUUGAAUAUCAUAGGUUGAAAUCUAGUAUCUACUCGUCGAGUUAUCGCCUAAAAGAGUUUAGACAGCUGUCUCCUUGUGAAAAAAUAUGUUCAACAAAUAAGAAGCAUAUGGUUUUUAAAAAGUUUUAGUCUUUUGAGAGAUAGGGAUUUGAAUACCAAAUGUUUAAAUAUGAGAAUUUGAGAAGAAGAAUUAAAUCAAUCCUGGCCCAUGGAAAUAUGGUCGACUGCUUCUGUUUUAACGGAUAAAUUAAUUAAACAUGUCUCGUAUAGUGAGUUGUAUUUUAAAAUUGUAAACAGAUGGUAUGUAACGCCGAUUAAGCUUUGGAAAAUAAAGAAAGAUGACACAUCUAAAUUUUGCAGGAGAGGCUGUAACCAAGUAGGCUCAGCGAUACAUAUGUGGUGGUCCUGUCCUCCCAUACAAAAGUAUUGGAAGGAGGUAAAAUAUGGGAUAUCUCAAAUUAUUGGUGAAAAGAUUAAUCUAACCCCAGAACUGGCUCUGUUUCACUUUAUGCCUACUUACCGCACAAAAGAACUAAAAUCCCUCCUGCUUCAUAUUUUUUCAAUAGUGAAAUGGUUGAUCGUUCUAAAUUGGAAAGCAGGAAUGUUGCCAAAAUGGUCAGAUGUGGAAAGGGUGAUGCAGAGAAACAGAAUACUAAAAAGAGAGGACGGACACUUAGGGGUUUAUACAGCUCCGAAGUAUAGAUGGGCCCUUUGGGAUGACUAUUGUUUAUCCCUUGGACAAAAUUCCUUAUAGCCCCUUAAUGACACAACUUCUGGAAUAAAAGGGAAUCGUGACGGAAUAUUUCCGUCAUGUGUCCUUAAGGGGAUAGUCUUUUCUCCUCGUCAGCUCACAUCCCCAUGGAACCUCUGAACAAUGUAUGUGAUAUGUGUGUGUUUGUUAAACAGGGGUAUUGAACGGAGCUAUCCCCUCUUCCCGGGUUAUCCAUUACCUGGCCUUCUGCAUACCUUCUCACUCUUAUUCAUACAGAGCGCCUCUAUCUUCCUUAUAGAAGAUGCUCAUAUUUUAUAGGACACCCCUCCCAGGAUAUGGAGGCAAAUGACGACCAAGAUGUGGCCCUGGAGUAUGCCUCUAAUAUAGGACAAUUGGGAGAUUGGAGAUAAGAGUUGGGUAGAGUACCCCCCGGGUAGAUUGGGGAAUAGCACAGGUUAUUACCUGUAUUUUGGUUUAUUAAUAUAUUAAGAUAUUUUGUACUGUCAGAUCGUUUUGUGUUUUUUGUAACUUGUGCCAAACCAAUACCUAUGUGAAGUGUGUUGUAUGUAAAUUAUUUUUUUAUGCAUUUUGUGAUAAAACUAAAAUAAAUGUAUUUAAAAAAAAAAAAAAAAGAAUGUGACGGCAGAUAAGAACCAUUCAGCCCAUCUAGUCUGCCCAAUUUUCGAAAUCCUUUUAUUAGUCCCUGGCCUUAUCCUAUAGCUAGGAUAGCCUUAUGCUUAAACUCCUUCACUGUGUUAACCUCUACCACUUCAGCUGGAAGGCUAUUUCAUGCGUCCACUACCCUCUCAGUAAAGUAAUACUUCCUGAUAUUAUUUUUAAUCCUUUACCCUUCUAAUUUAAGACUAUGUCCUCUUGUUGUUGUAUUUCUUUUACUUUUAAAUAUAGUCUCCUCCUUUUUUGUGUUGAUUCCCUUUAUGUAUUUAAAUGUUUCUAUCAUAUCCCCCCUGUCUUGUCUUUCCUCCAAGCUAUACAUGUUAAGAUCCUUUAACCUUUCCUGGUAAGUUUUAUCCUGCAAUCCAUGAACCAGUUUAGUAUCCCUUCUCUGAACUCUCUCUAAGGUAUCAAUAUCCUUCUGAAGAUACGGUCUCCAGUACUGUGUACAAUACUCCAAGUGAGGUCUCACCAGUGUUCUGUACAAUGGCAUGAGCACUUCCCUCUUUCUACUGCUAAUACCUCUCCCUAUACAACCAAGCAUUCUGCUAGCAUUUCCUGCUGCUCUAUUACAUUGUCUGCCUACCUUUAAGUCAUCAGAAAUAAUCACCCCUAAAUCCCUUUCCUCAGAUGUUGAGGUUAGGACUGAAUCAAAUAUUCUGUACUCUGCCCUUGGGUUUUUACAUCCAAAAUGUAUUAUCUUGCAUUUAUCCACAUUAAAUGUCAGUUGCCACAACUCUGACCAUUUUUCUAGUUUACCGAAAUCAUUUACCAUUUGGCUUAUCCCUCCUGGAACAUUAACUCUGUUACAUAUUUUUGUAUCAUCAGCAAAAAGACAUACCUUACCAUCAAGACUUUCUGCAAUAUCACUAAUAAAAAUAAUAAUAAAGAUAAUGAGUGCAAGUACAGAUCCCUGAGGUACCCCACUGGUGUCAAGCCCAUGCUUUGAAUAUACUCCAUUGACUACAACCCUCUGUUGCCUGUCACUCAGCCACUGCCUAGCGACUGUUGCCUGUAGUUCCUAUAGACUUUUAAUAGCUACGUGUAAAGGCGUGCACAAUUAGUUUGACAUUCACAUUACUUCUUACUUGUACUUGUAUGUGUCAAAACAGGCAUCUAAACGUAUCCAUCUCUUGCUGACCCGCUUUCUCUCUUCUUCCAGAUUUGAUGUGGAAAAAGAAAUAUCCAAAAUUGAAGUGAACUCAAAAGAAGAAGUGCCAUCAAAAACUGUAAUAAAUAGUUCAACAUCCGAAAUAAAGAAGACCAUAGAUACAGCAGGUUUGUAGACUGUCAUUAAGUGACAAUAUAUUCCACUGUGCUCUACAUAUUCUCCCUAUCUCUCUGUGCACUGUUCUGUAACAUAAAGUUAUUAAAGCGGCUGUUUGGGAUUCACUCUACAGAAGUGACAGAUAACAAUAUACAAUAUACUUCUUACUGAGCUUGUUCCUUCACAAUAAUUCUAGGCACCCUCAUUCCAUUACAAUGUCUGUCAAGGUAUGGCUCUCCUCUGUCCAUUUGAUCUGGAUUUGAUACAUGAGUUUGAACUUACCCUUGGUGUCUGAAAUUUACCCCCCAACUAGUAUUUGGCAUAAUCUUCACACAAGUUUGGUAGUAUGAAUUUUGCUUCACUGCUACUUAGCACUUUUUAAAAUAUACAAUAACUGAAGGUGUCCCUGGGUUUUAUUUUCCCUAUUUUCCUUAUUUACUGUUCUUAAGUGUCAUCACCUGUUUAUUGUUUUGUAAUUUUAUAAAAAACUUUAAAAGAAAGAAUGUUUUAAAAAAUCCGCCUUCUUUUAGAAUAUCUUUAGUGCUAAUCUGAUAAUGUAAUCUAGGUCUAAAUCAAGCACAAAGAAGUUUUAUUGCUAGCCGUGAGAAGGACAAAGGAAAUGAAGCGUUUCGAUCUGAUGACUAUAAGGAGGCUGUAGCUUAUUAUACUAGGUAAGCCGUAUGUGAGAUCUUAAUGUGUCCAUGCUAUACUCUCUAUAUUGCAUGUCAUAGAAACAUAUAAUGUCAUGGCAGAUAAGAACCAUUCGGUCCAUCUAAUCUGCCCAAUUUUCUAAAUACUUUCAUUAGUCCCUGACCUUAUCUUAUAGUUAGGAAAGCCUUAUGCCUAUCCCACACAUGCUUAAACUCCUUUACUGUGUUAACCUCUACCACUUCAGCUGGAAGGCUAUUCCAUGCAUCCACUACCCUCUCAGUAAAGUAAUACUUCCUGAUAUUAUUUUUAAACCUUUGCCCCUCUAAUUUUAAGACUGUCCUCUUGUUGUGGGAGUUUUUCUUCUUUUAAAUAGUCUCCUCCUUUAUUGUGUUGAUUCCCUUUAUGUAUUUAAAUGUUUCUAUCAUAUCCCCCCGUCUCGUCUUUCCUCCAAGCUAUACAUGUUAACAUCAUUUAACCUUUCCUGGUAAGUUUUAUUCUAUGUCUGUGUCAUCACUGUGCUUGCUGUACUUCUCCAGUACUUCUCCAGCAUUGUAAAGUAAUUUGUUAAGACAAAGUGCAUCCGUUAUGGUUAUAAAACUAAACCAUACAUGCUCUUUAUCUGCUGCACUUACUGUAAUGCCCAGUACUCUCAUAUGACCUCUUAUCUUAAUAGGUAAGUAUCACUUUUAGAAAUGUGUAUAUAUGAUACCUUAAAACACUCAGGAAGACGAGGCAGGGUGUGUAAGGAAAAGAUAGUUUGCAGGUUGAAUAAGAACAUUAUUUUUUUAGGGAUUAUUUGCAAAAUGGUGCCCCCCCCCCCCCAUUGGCAGUCAUCAAAUUCCCCCUCCUUUCCUCACCUACAUGUCAAAUUAGCCAUUUGCACAUACAAGCAUGUCUAUAAGCCAUUCAUACACGUGCAAUUAUCUACACAUGUGUAGCUUAACACUUACUUACUUUAUUAGCCACACAAAUACAUUGCUCACAACGGCCUUAUUAGCAGCAUGCACCCUCACAUACAAUGAACAAGGAGGAUGGGGAAGCUCUCUUGUAAUGUAUGCAUGUUUAGAUGAGUGCAGCCCAGUAGGAAACAGGCAGCGAAACUGAAAAUGCCACUCUCUUUUAAAGGCUAACUCCAUCUGUAAGACUCGUCAAGACCAGUAUUUGAGGGUGUUUUAUUGCCUAACUUAUGUCUCACUUAUGUUUGGAGCUAUUCAGUCAAUCAUUUUAGUAUACCAUUGUCCCAUGCUGCCAAGGAAAGUGCCUGUUUUUACAACCACACUUGUAGAGAUAUCCUAAAAACGUACCUCUGGUGCUGCUGGGUUCCACUCUAUCCCUAGUCUUAGUUAAAAUUUGACCAGAUGUUCAAACACAUCGUUGUCCCAGCAAAUCACAGCACUCAUGAGUCCAACUAGAAUUUUUUCUGUGUUUGACUUAUGGAUAGGUAACAUGCCAAAAGGGCCAUUAUAUAUUUGAUGAAGAAGGGAAGAAUCUGCCUUUUUUAUUUUGGGAGUCCCAUGUGCUCUGAAAAUAAGAUGGAUAUGUGGGAAAUAAGAAAAUUUAUUGCAGAAUUUGGAUUAUGGCUGUCCAUGCUACAAAGAACAGUGAAUGACCAAUGUUGAUGAAACUCACCCAGAUCACCCUCCUGCGCCAGCUAUUCCCUUUCCACGUCACCACCACCUCUCUUACAUACCUGGGCAUCAAAAUGUCCCCCCAACCUUGGGAAAAUCUACGACCUCAACUAUAAACCACUAUUAGCAACAGCAUACACCGACCUACAAAGAUGGGCAGAGUUACUACCAUCAAAAUGAACCUACUGCCGAGGUUCCUCUACCUCUUCCAGACACUGCCAAUCCCAAUACAGAAAACCGAUUGUAAACACCUACAAGCAGUCAUAGACAGAUUUGUCUGGAUAGCAAAAAAAACCCGGAUCCGCAGAGCAACUAUGUACAUCCCCAAAACCCAUGGAGGGCUCGGACUACCGAACUUCCAGCAAUACUACCAUGCAGCCCAACUGGCCCAUAUCCAACAAUGGCAGGCCCCACCGGGCGCAAAGAGAUGGGUGGAUCUGGAACACAACGUCAUGGGCUGGGAACAACCAUCAUCGUACAUGUGGGUGCCUCCCAAGCACAGACCGCUACCACCAUCCACCUCACCAGCUAUCACACAUGCGAUAGCCCUCUGGGACAAACUCAAUACCAAGUUUGAACUGUCCUCCUUCCUAUCCCCAGUAACACCAAUACACCGAAAUAAACUCUUCCCGCCAGGAAUGACGGCGAAAUACUUUCACGCAUUCGAUCAGAGAGACAUCUCCCGACUCAUGAAUCUCUACAAACAAGGAGAAAUAUUCCGAUACGCGCACCUCCCUAAGGCAGAAACGCUGACCACAGCAGAUUACUUCCGGUACAUCCAACUACGGGACCUAGCACAAGCAGGAAUGUCACCACCGACAACAUUUGAAAAACAGAGCUUCAACGCACCGCUACGCCAAGGACAAAUAUCCGACAUAUAUAUAACACUAACUACCCACACGUCCCAGAUUAAUCUCACCUACAUAGCAGCUUGGGAAAGAGACAUAGGACCACCGGAAGAACCGAGCGACUGGGCUGAUAUAUGGGAAGCGACAAAAUCCCUCACAAUAUGCGUGACACACAAGGAACAGGCUUACAAAACCCUGUUCCUCUGGUACUUGACACCAAACAGACUCCACAAAAUGGGCCAAAAACCUAACGACCAGUGCUGGAAACAAUGUGUCGAAACGGGCCCCUACCUCCACUGCUGGUGGAACUGCCCCAAACGCAAACCACUCUGGAACAAAGUAGAAGAACUCAAAGAACAAAAACUCGAAAAACCCAUAACAGCACAGCCAUGGACAAUGCUACUCACGAAACCAAUGGACACCCUCAUGAGAAGCGAAAACAAGCUAGUGUCCCGCAUAACCUUGGCAACAAGGCGACCAAUAGCGGAACUGUGGGCAGACCAGCGGAUCCCCAACAUAGCGACCAUCAUUCGCAAAACCAAAGACACAAGACCUAGAAGAACUAAUGGCACAGAUACACGACUCAUACAAAGCGUUUCACCGGACCUGGGAACUUUGGGACGCGAAGUACUAGAACUUCAAUGCCAUCGCCCCCAACACAAACCCCCAAACGGAGACAGAUCCACCAAAAGCACCAACAGGAGGCCCACAUCCCCGCCACGGGAUGGACACAGACCCGCUACUUCACAACCCGGAUACACAAAGAAUCAACAGAAUGGAAACAGAGCACCCGAAGAAAGACCGACCACAAACAACUACAGCAACACUACUACUCAACACCAUUGGAAGCAAUGAGAGGGAUAUUGGUCAUCCAUAAUAUGUUUUCAUGGUAAAACUAAAUACAAAUAAUUGAUCUAAUAAGAUUAAUGAUAUUUUCAGUACGACAAUGUGACCUUCAACGCAGUUAUUCCACUGGAAAGCAUCACUGAGCUGAUACAAGUGGAAAAGUCAGGUGGUUGCAGACUGUAUUACAUAGUAUGUAAUGAGGCAGAGGGUUUUUCAGGUCGACUUUGUACUUAGUCAUUCUCCAAACUCCAAAUUGGAACGCAUUCUGAAUAGAAAAAUUGUAUAUUUGUUAAAUUAGUUAAUAUUGCCAUUCUUAUUUUAAUUUGCUCCAGUUUACAUUUUAGUGUUGGAAGAGUUGUUUAAUCACAACCAGCGUUUUCUUUUGUAGGAGUAUAUCGGUGUUACCCACAGCAGCAGCAUAUAACAACCGAGCCCAAGCAGAGAUUAAACUGAAGAAUUGGCACAAUGCGCUGAGUGACUGUGAAAGAGUUCUGGAUUUAGAGGCAGGCAAUAUGAAAGGUAAGAGGGAAAUUAAUCUGUACAUUUGGCUCAAAUGAUUAUUUCAAAAACUAGAGCAGUGGUUCCCAAACUUUUUAGGUUCAAGGCACCCUUAAUAUUUCAGUAUUUUUCUAGGUUCUAUAUCUGUACAGCGCUGCGGCAUUUACUUGCGCUAUAGUGUAAUUUACAGUGUUGGUAUUUGAAGGGGUGCUUGUAUACAUUUAUUGUGUUUUAUUGCAGGGGUGUGUCUGAAUGUAAUGUUCACUUUUAAAUGCAGAUGUACAUUUGUGUAAAGUAUUUGAGUUUGAAUGCAGGUGUGUGUAUGUAAUAUUUGUGUUAGAUUGCAGGAGUGUACUUGUAUGUUGUGCUGUUGUUUCACUGAUUGGAUGUAUGCACAUACACUACCACAUACAUACAUACAUACAUACAUACUUACACAGAUGCAUAUAAAUACAUCGACACAUACACACAAAUUCAUAUAGACAUCGUCACGUACACACAUGUAGAUACACACCGACACAUACACACACAUAGAUACACACACAAACAUGGAUACAUGCCCACACCAUGACACAGAUACACACACUAACAUAAAAACACACACCCUGACACACAGAAGCACAUACAUAAAUGUGUGCGGACACACAGACACAGAAGCAGACAUAUAUAUAUAUACACACUCACAAACACUAUACACAUACACUCAUACACAUACUCAUGCGCACACACUCAAACACACACAAUCAUACUCACACUAAUCCACACACUCAAGCUCAUACAAACACUCACACACAAGUUAUUUUUUUAUAUUUCCAGCCACCCUCCUGUUAACUUACCUUGUGUGUCCAGGAGGGUGGCUUGGAGUCCUGGUCCUGGUCGUGCUCCUCUCCUGUCACGCUACGGCUGCCUCCUCUCUCUCCAAAGCCAUCUCUCUGCAUGACGCUGGGAGAAAGUCACUUCCUCCCAGCUGGCCCACAUUACAGGGGCCCAGUCGCGGUCUUAAAGCGGUCGACCAGGUCCCUGUUGAGCAGUAAUGUUUCCCCGCUGCUAAAAUCUUAGCAUCAGGGAAACAUUCCGUGGCACCCCUGUGUACACUGAGGCGCUGCAGCACAUAGUUUGUUAACCGCUGGUGUAGAGUGUACAAUGUUGUGUUAUGGUACAAAACUUUUUAGCAAAGUGUUUCUGGUCCCUAAAGAAACUAUUUAAACUCGCACAGGUUAGAUUGAGGUGAAAAAAUUGUAGACAUUACAUGGUUCUGUCAUCAGAAACCUUACCUGCAUGUUUUGCCACUGUCACAUGUGAGAUUUUGCUCAACUCGUUCCCUAUGUAAUUUUUUGAUGUGUACUGCAAACUGUUACAUAUAUUUGAGGCUACAUUUUACCAACAGGUUUCCAACAAUCUGGAUUAUGUUUUGCAGAGUUCUGCUACUAACAUCUGCCCCUACAGAUAUUGUCACCUAUUAGUGACUCAUAUAUAAAGUCUUAAAUAUUAAGAAACAUACAUAAUGGUGAACUGUGUAUUUGGGAAACUAAUGCCACUGAAGAGGCUGUGGAGACCUCUUAAUAAACCACGACACAUGCAGGUUGAGUGAUUUAUAAAUGUCUCCAGAACACAGAGAUAGCCUCUUUAUUCCACUAAUACGUUCUUCGUGAUUGUUUUGUUUUUUUAAAUAUUGUGUGACAUAUUUAUAUUCGGGUUCAUGGUAAUGUAAGUGUUGAGAUUGUGUAAGAGUUAAAGUCAAAAGAUUUGUUAUAUGAUUUUCACAAAUCUGCAUUUUUUUGUGUUAUCAUAGUGAAUUUGCACAAUAUUCAAGGUACAUAAAGGCUUAAUUUGUAUUUGCUGUGCAGAAUCAAUAUUAAUUGUAAUGGGGAAGGGAGACCAAAUUUAAAUUGCAAGCUGUGUGUGGAUCUCACUAAAAUCUAUUGUAUUGCCACUUAUAAAGUCUUUAUUUUUUUUUGCUCUUCCCUAUUAAGAUAAGUGUGCGAUAUGUUUCUUAUUUUAGCUCUCUUACGGCGUGCUACAGUCUACAAAAACCUCUGUAACUACCAUUCUGCGGCUUGUGAUCUGAAGGCGAUCUUACAGCAGGACCCGGACAAUUGUACUGCUAAGGUAUUAUAUAUGUUUAUAUAGAUUUAUGUGUAGUGUCAAACAUUUACAGAUAAUUAAAUGUAAAUAUAAUAAAGUAAAAUUUGUCUUUGGAGUCGUGAACACCGUAAAAACACGACUCACUGUGACCUGUGAGUAUGUUAACAGGGUUGUGUGCUCUUUAAUUUUUUUCCUGGAAUAAAUAUUAUACGUUUUAGUAAAGAAUAUUAUUAACUUACCUACUAACUACAUAUGUUGCACCCUCAGGCCACCACACACUAAGCGACUAUGUUACCAUCUGAGGUCUUUGCAAAAUAUGCAAAGACCAUAGAAGGUGACAGAGCCACUUUAAGGUGACUACAAUAAACAUGCCUAGUGAAUCCAGAAAAUAUAUGAAGCUUUAAGGUUAAGGGAUAACAGGAUAAAUGUACCAAAUUGUUGCAUUUUUUUGACAAAUGACAGUUUGUGUAAAUUUAUCCCCCUGUGGCAGUGCAGCCUGAUCUCGCCGUGGAGACAGAUUUAAGAAUUUACCUUUUGUGGAGGUUUUUUUCAUGUUCUGUUUGUCACAGACAGGACUUUCUGCUAUGCCUUGACAGUGGUGAGAGAGUAGGUUGAAGGGAUUAAAGGGACAUUUCACUGCCCAAAAAUAAAUAUAUAUUUAUAUCAUCGUUUAGUAGACAUAUAUUACCAAUGAAGACAUGCAUACAUUUAAUAAAACAUUUUCUCAUUGGGCGUAUAUCUAAACCAGCUAGCAAAACAUUCAGUUCUUUCGUCUACAGCCUUUUCAAGCUCUCCCCUUCUAACCCUGCCAAGAAUAUCUGUGGCUGUCCGAUCAGACUUCCCAAUGCAAAGUCUUUGCAAGGAGGUGCUCUGGGUAAUUGCUGUCUAUUGAGCUUGGCUCCACUGAGCUAAACAAAAAAGGAAGUAACCAGACCAGUUGUAUGAUUGACAGCCAGGGGGUGUAACAAGGUUUAUUUGUAAAAGUGCCAAUUUCUGUUAAAAUCUGCAUUUUGUAAAUUUAAUUAAAAACAAACCAUAGAACAUACUCUUCACACGUAGAGCAUUUCAGUAAGCUAAAGUGCUUUAGGGGUCUGGAGUGUCCCUUUCAUAAUACUGAGCCUCUGCUUUUACAAUUGUACUACUACUACUCAACUCCUCUUCCUGAGCAUAACGUUACACCCAAUUAACCCCCAAAGUCUACAUACACCAAUAAAGCUAAUCACCAAACCUUGUAUGCCAGUACCAAUACCCAAACUUUGCUAAAAAAAUGUACAUUCUGAAGUAAUUGUUAAUUCACUAGAUCCCAAACAUAUCUUAAUAUUUUAAUUAAAGUAAAUCACUACGCAUAAACACUUUGCAUAAAAGAGAAAUAUAAUGAUUUGAGUGAUGAUGCUUUCGGUGACAAUGCCCUUUUAGUGAGAGACGCAAUAUUCCUUACUCAGCUCUUCAUUAGAAAUCCUCACGCCAGACUGGAGGAGGUAACAUUACCAUUGCUACUUGUUAAUGGGGAGCACAUCAUAGCAGCCCAUCCCAUCAUUUUGUUUGAGCUUUUGAGGAAGCAUUAAAGAACCACUUAGAAACUGCUAUGUUUACAUUGAGGGUUAAUCCAGCCUCUAGUGGCUGUCUCCCUUAAAGCCACUAGAGGCGCUUCCGCGAUUCUCACUGUGAAAAUCGCACUUAUUUGACGCUGGACGUCCUCACGAAGUUAAGUGUCAAAAAUUAUCCCCAUAGGAAAGCAUUGAGUAAUGCUUUUACUAUGGGCAGGUUUGAAUGCGCGCACGCCUCUAGCCAAGCAUGCACAUUCGGCUCCAUUCAGAAGCUGACGUCGAUGGAGGAGGAGACGUCACCAGUGCCGAGGGAGCCCGGCUCUGGAUUAAGGUAAGCAAAUAAAUGGUUAACCAUUUAUUUGCUGCUGAAUGGGGCCCUAGUCACCUAAAUGGUGACUAGGGCUCUAUUGCGUUAGGUAUCCCUAACGCUAUAGUGUUCCGUUAACUUGAGCAGCAAUGGGUGGCUGUGAUUGCUGACUGCUUUCAGUACCCAUUGCUGGGAUGAAGGUGGUAGUAUUUCUAGUUGGCCUAUAAACAUUCCUGAUUCUCUAUCACAGGAGGUUAAUAAACCCUAGAGCCUGAUAAUUCGUGUGCUGUAUAUCACAUUCUGUGCUGUGUGUAUGUUACAACAUUUUGUUAAUGCAUUUAUUGUUGCUUUGUGCAAAACCUACCCCUAUUGUAGAAGUUCAAUGCUACAUGUUUAGCUACAGAUUUAAGCGUUCUACAGCAAGUCAUCUAUACAACUCUUUCAACUAAGUUUCUCUUUGUGUUUUUUGGUAGCAAAAAUCUGAAAAAACUAGAACAAGCCCAAUAUGCAUGUUGGUGCUUUAAAAAGUACCACUAAAUAUGAAGGACCUACAAAAGCACAAACAUUUUGGUAGAAUGCCCUUAAUUAUUGUAAAAUGCAUUUCAUGUGCAUACAUUGUCAAUGUAUAAAGGGUAUUCUACCUAAAACAUUUGGCUCUUUUUAUGUCCUUCAAUAAAAUGUUUUGGUGCACCAGCAUUCUUGUUGCACUUGUUUCAUAUUUUUCUCAGUUUUUGCUGUUUAUGUUUAUACCAUUGAUUGAGAGCUAUACUGGUGUAGGAACGUAUAGCUGCACAGAAGUUAAUUUUUACAUGGGUUUUUAGUAUCCUAAUCCUGGCUCUUUUUUUUUUUUUUUUUAAAACAAUAUAUCUAUAUUUGUUUUUUGGCAGAAAGUUCUUAUUGAAGUGGAAAGGCUUAUUGAGAAAGAAACUGUAAGCAAAGGUGUGAGGAUUCACAUUGAGGACAUAGAAGGUUCGGAUGAAGAAAAGCCAGAUGUAUCCAGCUGUAAACAAGGUAAGGAGAAUACAUUUUUUUUGUAUUUUUUUUUAUUAUAUAUGCUUUGACCAUUCUGUUUCCCUGAUGGAAUACUCCGAAACCUUCAUACAUAGCAUUCAUUUAUGGACUAGCUGACCUGGACCUGCUUUGGCCUUGUUUUUUAGUGGUAGUCUAUGUGAUUGAUAUAAAUGAUGUCAUGCAUAUUGUCACUUUACAUCAUGCUCUUGUGUUCAAGCUUUCCAUACUUGGCUGAAAUACAUGCACAUGACCUCAUGCUGGUGUGUUCCAGCUCCAUUCUAGGUAUGUGUGGAAUAAAAUGACCUGUAUGCUGAGAUGGUUGAGCACUUGACUGACAAUUGUCUGUCUUGCCCAACGAUCUGUAGAAUCCAAAAGUAAAGAAAUUGUUGAGCGUAUUUAUAAGUGAUACAAAAUAGUACAGCAAUAUUCCCACCACGUUAUGUUUGUCAAGCUUCAAGGUAGACUUUAUUAGGACUGCUGAACUUUUCUUUAGUUUUAUAUUUUACUGCAUUGAAUAUGUCGCUGGACCAUUAUUCAGGCGUACCUUCUAAGCCUGGGGUGGUCAAACGGCCGAUCACAAUCUACCAGAUGAUCUCAGGCAGGUGACAGGUAGACCUUGUUUGGUAGCAGUGACAAUACUAGGUUCUCAGGCUUGCCCACUGGAAAAUUUCCUUGUGGGUCACAGUAACUAAGGCUUGCUGAGUGAUUCUUCAUUUUAAAGACUUCAUUUAAAAAAAAAAAAUUUAUUCUGUGUGGCAUUCUGGGAGAGAGAACCGGAAAAGUGGAGCCUGGUACACCAUGGUGGAGGAUGGCUGCUCCCAAAUAAGUUUGGACUUGUUGAUACGACAAAUUAUAUAUAUGGAAUGUGUAGUAAUGACAUCCAGACUUAAAGGAAUACAACAGACAUUAAAACCACUUUAGCUUAAUGAAGCAGAUUUAGUGUAUAGAUCAUGCCCAUGCAGUCUUGUGGAUACUGCCUAAAAAGUGCAAAAGGAAAAUAAGACUACUAUACUAAUUUACCCUUUAUUUAAAUAAUUAAAACAUAUAUAAAUAAAACAUACACUGGUACAUUCAUAAACUAAAAAAGUUUGGGGUUGAGAAUUCUCACAGACUAUAGCAAACUCCCAAGGUUUGACGUGCUGCACGGAGACUCCUUUAUCUGUAAGGUAAGACCUUGUAGCUUGAGGUGCAGAGAUAUUUGAAGUUUUAAUCCUGUGUAUGUGGGUAUUUUAGAAUCCUUACGAUAGUAGGGACCAGCGCUCCUCAUAGCUCACUUAGUCCAUACUGGAUUAUUGCAAUCUGUCCACUUCGGCGUCUCUCCGGUUUCGUGCUCUCUAAUGCUGUAUUAUGCUGUGGUAUGGGUACUCGUUUGGUCCAAACUACACAGGGAUCACGGUGUUCAAUCGCUUCUUGCGCUCACUUCCUCAGGGAGUGUGUCUCACUGCUCAAUUAUCUGCCUUUAAAUCUCAUUUGAGUCUGUGUAUGCAGCCUUAGCCACAUCUUCCCUAGCUGUGACUGAAACAAUCAGCAUGAAAAAAUGGUUUCAUUUUCAAUCAUAUGUUAACUUGCUUUGGAAACCUGGGUAUCGUUUGCACUGGGAAAGAACUGUUAGAAGAAAUUUGUGGUUUCCUAUACCGACUGCUAUUAUUUAUUUAUUUUUGUGUCAAAUAAAUCUACUUGCCAAUAUUGCGACUCAUCAAUAAUUUGCCAUUUGGAGGUUCAUACCAUAGCAUCAUAUUGAGUUGGAUAUUGGGGCGCGUAUAGCCUGAGCAGUCUCCACCUGCUGUUGAUUUGUUUGUGGUUCAUUCUAUUUAUAUAUUGCUUUUAAAUACAUUUACAGUAUUACACUAUAGCUUUUUGUUCCUUUUUUACUUUCAUAUCAUUUGAAUGGACACACAAUAUAACGUGACUGUCUAAUGUGCACAGUGCACCUUUGUAUACUUUUGUUAUUGUAUAUCUGUACACACAGCACAUUGAUUAAGAUACGUUUUAUUUCAAUAAUAUUUACAGUGCACCUUUGUUACAAACCACAUUAUUAUAUUUAAUUAUAAAAAUAAUUAUAAAUUAUUAAAAAUAAUCUUGCACUCCCUUCACCAAUGAUUUCCUCAGCCCGGUGCUCGUCAGGCAAAACAAAAUACAAGUAAAAAGAUGAUAGCAUUCUCAGGACUUUUGAAAAAAAUAAAACUUAAGUUUUAUUACCUUACAUCAAACAAAGUCAAUAUGUCGAUGUUUCUGUAUUGUAUCCCCACACUUUCAUCAGGGUCCUGAAUAACUACGUGUGUGUGUACAUACACAUAAGGAGAAAGAUCAUGCAAACAUGGGUCCAAAAAAGUAGAUCCUGUGUCAUUAAUGUUUAGUCACUCCUGCUCUAAGUAUUAAACUGUUAUGUAUCCAGAGAGCAAUGCAGGCUUUAUUUUGUUAACAGCUCUUUGUUUAUUCCUAAAUCUUGAAUUAAACACAGAUUCAACACCAAAACCUGAAUUGUAGUGUGUUGAAAACCACAUUACAAAAAUAGCCUAAAUUGGAGAAUUUCCAGAUCGGCUAUUAUGGCUUAGGUUCUGCAGUUUGAUGUCCGAUUCACUUACACUCCGUGUUUAGUGCUUAAGAUACGUUUUAUUUCAACUCCUCCUUGGCUUGCGGACAUAUCCCAUAGUUUGUGAACUAAAAGCAGAUUGGACAUUAGUGAUUCAUUAGUGCGCAGAGCAACAUGGGACAUAGCAAGGCCAUAUUAUUUAUGCUAUAUGAUUUGCCAGGUUUGAGAAGAUAAAUAACACUUGUUUCUCAUAAACUCUGUUCAUGUUUAUCAUAUCUGUGAUACUAACCGUUUUAGAACUACUAUUAUGACAUUUUCUUCAUGUGUGACCACAUAACACUGUUGAAUACAAUCAAAGCCCUUUCUGACUGCAUUUUGGUUUAUUUUCCAAGUCAUGUACCUGUAACGAUACUUACCCUAUCAAAGCUACCGGUUCUGUACUCCUCAUGUGUUGCUGUUUUUGCCCGGCCUUCUUCCUUCCAAUGUUAUGGAAACUGCCUGCUACACGGGCACGUCCUUAAGUGCCAUCAAUGAGCGCAACAUAACCUCCGGUUCUGCUAUGGUCACUUCACCCAGGCGACCUCUUUCCACCCUUUUUUGGAGUCGUAGGGUUGACAUGAACCAAUCAGAUCCUCGUUAACACCAUUAAAACCUGUGUUGUUCUUAAUUCUGUGCCCUACCGUGGUUUCUAUCUUAUUUUCCUCAUUUGUGCGUUCCUUAGCAAUUCUUGGGUAUUUCCUGGUUUGACCUUUGCUAUUUGGCUAGUUUAUUGGAUUUCUGAGUACCACUGUAUCCCUGACCCUGCUUAUUCUAUGUUUCGCGGUUUUCUGUGUAUCUGACUCGGCUAGUACCUCCUUUUAUCUGUUAUCCUGACCUUGGCUAAUAUUCUGACUAUGUUUUCCUUUAUUUAUACAUUAAACCGUGACAACAUCUUUCUCUUUCUUUUCUAUUGGGUUCCAACUUCCUGCGUGUGUUGGUAUGUAUAUCGUGACAGUACUAUGAUGUAAGCUAAUUAUCCAUUUGCUCCAUUUGCAAGAGGUCUCCAAUAAAAGUCUCCUUAUUGCUAUUUCAGUCAACAUCCACUGUUUGUAUUCACAAUCACAUCCAACAAUAAAUUAUUCUAAAAAGGCGUACAAAACCUGUACAUAUCUGUGUAUUGAAAUAUAGAUAGACUGUAAUAUAAAUUUUAAUAUUGUAAUAUAAUAUCUAAUUGUUUGAUCUGCUUUUGUUUUAGAACCCCAUAACUGUUCUGCAUUGUGGGUAAUGUCACACUGUGAAUUAAAAACUGUAAUUCAUGCGUGAUUAACACUAUUAAGUGUGGGGCCUUAUCUCAUGGCAGUAAUGGUCCAUUCACGUCCUGACCGACCUGAGAAUAGUAAAGAUUUACACUCUUGGGCAGCAGCUGUAGCCACUAAUUCAGUCCUUCGCCUAAAACUGGUUGUGGCGUACCGCCCGGCACCCUGACCGGGUGCCUCCGCCAAUCGAUGCUCCUAGUGCUCACCGAGUACUCCAAGCACUCCACCAGACACCAUCAGCACUGUAGUCCCCACUUCCAGUGUUACAGCUUGGUUGGGGUCUCGCUGUCCUUAACCCACCCUGGACCCAAGACCAGGAUCCAGCUUCCAGUGGGCAGACCUCUCCUGCUUCUGAGAGUGUAGCAGGCUGCUCUUACAAGAGCAAGUGAUUAUAACCUAGAGGAGUAUAGUGAUAUAGCAAUCUCCAGAGCAGAUACAGCUGUUCCCCCACACAUAAGAUGAGACUCUAUGUUGAGGGUAGGCAGGAACUCGUUUAAUGGGAGCCACAACUGGCCUUAUAUGCAGGUCCCAAUGCAAGGGGCACUCCCCUCUGGACCUGAGAGUAAACCACAGCAGAAAUAAAUACGCAAUUAUAUUGGCUCUCAGAUCAAGGACACUACCAUACAUAAGAUAAUCCCUUCUCUGUGCCUGUUAGAUAAUUGGAUCAGGAACUGUACUCAUCUAAUCCAAUUAUCUCCAAGCACAGAAAAACAUGCAAUACAACAACACCCCAAAAGUACCCCUAAAACACAUGAAACCCCCACAAAGGUCAUAUCCCCAUAUAGCCCAGAUCUGGGGGACCAACAUAUCCAAAAAUCACCCAGAUCGGUUCAGGAUUUCCAUGGAAGUCAUAAUUUUGACCGACCGUACACAUGGUCCUAUUCCCAAAGCAGUUCCAGGGAAUUAGGGCCAAUGGUCUGUCUCUCUUUAUGAAGUACAUAAAUCACAUAAGUUUUUAAAGGGCCCAUAGUCUUUUGGCAGGGGGCUGGCAAGCAGGCCCCUCCAAGAACACGUGGCAGAGGCAUUUCUGCCACACUGCUAUGCUGAGAGAGGAGCUGGGAUGCAAUUCUGUCUCCCAGCUCCGUUCCCACUAUAUCAGUAAGUGGAUGAAAUGGGAAUAUCGCUACACAUAUUAGCUGUGGUCUGGGAGUGUCACAAAAGACCACAGUGUCUUAUGUAUUUUACUUACGCUUGACAACAAGGCAGCGCUAUCGCUGUCAAGUUUUGUUAAGGUCCCAACUAGUGACUGCUGAGGGGUAUAAAGCUUUGUCUAUGGAGGCUCUCGUGGGAUCCUCCAUCGAUAUCCGUGUUGUACUUGCGUACAUGUGUGAGAACACAGCGCUGACGGUGGCCCUUGGCAGAUGGAGCUCUAAGUUGACAGUUUAUGCUGUUCUUGAAGAGACAAAAAGGAAGUGCCUUAGUAAUUUGAGUACACUUUGGAUGAUGUGACAUAUCACCACACAAUGAUAUUUUAAGUAAAUUCUCACUUGAAUAAAUGAAAAAGCCUGCUAUUCUAGGUACUCAUUUUAUUGUUAUGUUUAAUAAGUUCAUGACAUGAUGCUCUGGUUUCCAGUGUUAAUUUCUAUCUUUUACAUUUUUAUACACUUCGAUUUCAGCUCUGCUCUGAAUAAAGUUAGUUUUUUCCCCUUGGUGUGAGGGAGGUAGGGAUGAGAGUAGUUUUAGAAUUCAGUAUAGAUGUUCCAUCUAUCAUUUUGCUACAGACUUUGCAUUUCUUUUAGAAUCCUGUCUCUUUAUUUUUUUGUGACUGUUGUCUUACCAAAUUGUAGUAAAUGGCAAAUUGCUAAAUAGCUGAAUUUUACAAUUUGAAUUUUCAAUUUACUACAAUUUUGUGUUUAUUGAAGAAAUACAAAAAUAAAAAAAUGUUUGUGGCCAAAGCUUGUUGAUUUUUUUUUUUUUUAAUUUUUUUUUAUUUGUUGCAGAUAUUAAGAAUAUUUGUAUUUCCAAACUUUUCUUUUUUCUUUUGUUAACUUAUUUAUGAAUUGUUUGGACUUCACCUCAUUUGUAAUUGAUACGGGUAUAAUUUUAUAAUCAAGUUUUGCCAUUGAAAAUUCCAGAUAAAAAAACACUGAUGAUCUUUGUCCAAUCCAAUCCUUCUCAAAGAGAAUGGUAAACAUCAGACCACCAAUCCAUUGCUUCUCCUAGAUAAGCAUUAACCCUAUCCAGUACCAUUAUAUUGUGUGCUUAUUAUGGUGCCUAAUGUGAAGACCAAAGGUUAAAGAAAAGAGACUGCAUCUACCACGUUAAGCAUGUGGUUUUAGUUCUCAGACUAUCCCUUUAAUUAUUAGGUCAAAGCCGAUGAUUGCCGUAAGGAUGGCAUUUACAAGUACCUCCCACAGACCGUCUCAAGCUUCUCAUUCUGAGACACAUGGAUGAAGAUUAGUAAUGGGCUUUAAUUAGACCAUCAUGUGACUGCAAAAGCUUAGGACAUCAGUUUAACAGCCUUGUCAGGACACUGUGAUCACUGAACUCUGCAUGUGAGCAGUUCCUUGUAUCAUUAAGAAGCAUCUCUUACAAAUAGCCUCGUCUUCUGAAUUCCAGAAUUUACCGUCACUGAAUAUGUUAGGGCAAGUAACAACCAUCAAAACGAAAAUCUGUGUUUCCUCUUCUUUUAUUAUGUUUCUUAAUUUUUUAAAGCAAAUGCUGAAGUUUUGUUUUGUUUACCCAGAAUAUGACUAUUUCCACGUACAUGAGUCUGCAAAAAUAUUAAAAAAGUCUUCUUGCAAUGUUUUCUAAUGGAAACUCCGGGGAACGGUGUGUGACGCCAGGUGGAAAAUAUUAAGACUCCAGCAGCAUCCCUGUUGGACACAGAUCCUUGGAGUCUAAAAAGACUCUAUAAAACUGGUAACGACUAACAUUGGCAUUGUGUAUGUUUGUAAACUGCAUUUCCUUUUACAGUGCUCUGAUAAUAGAAAGCAAUGUGAUGGGGAAAAAAAAUGAAAUAUCCGUGAAUCCUGUCUUUCCUUCCUUUUACAUACUCCUAAGUAAAUAACUAUUUUAUUGUAUAAUGAUGUAUAUGAUCUAUGUCAUUUAGAUGGGCAGAUCAUGUCUUCAAAUCCUGUACUACACAGCAGCAGACAUCACUACAAUAAAAUACAACAAUAAAAGGAAAACGUUGUGAUAUAUAUGAUCUUGUUCAUUCCUAUGGCCCCUAAUAUUGGUGUGGUCCUGGGACAUUUCCUAGCCUGUCUGAAACUAGUAAAAAAUACCAUGUGGCUGCUGCAACUAGACUUGGGCAUUUGUUUUCAGAUGAAUGCAAAUUCGUCCGAAUUUCACGCAAUUCGUGAAUUUGUACAAAACAUAAACAAACUAUUUUCAAUUUGCAUGAAAUGACCAGAAACUGGUGGGUGGAGAUCACGCAUCGGGAGGCGGGGUCUAGGGGGUUGACUGACCGGCAGCCCAAUGUAACCGCGUGAUAGUGGCGUUUUGAGCUGAGCGGACCACAGUGAGAUUUUGCAGCCCACUACAAUAAGCUCUGAGCAGGGAAACAGGAGACUGAAGGACCCCACUUGAAAGGUGAAUAUUGAGAGACGGAGGAGAUAGGAGUUAAUAAAAUCAGAGAUAAAACUCUGCAGCAUUGGAAGCUACAUCGCUGUGAAAAAUGGUCUGACGACUACAAAAUAAAAGCAAGUACAAUUAUUAAGCCCACGACUAUAUAAUAAGGUGUUAAUAUGGGCAUAAAAAAACUCAUCUUUUAUAAAUCUGCAUGUAAAUUCAAACAAUGUUUCCCAAUUUUUCCUGAAUGUUCUGGCGGGAAAAUAAAGUGGCUGACAAAUUGAUUAAACCGUAAAAACCGUGAUAAAGCCUGUGAGAGAGAGCAAAAUAAAGGAAUACAAAAGAAAAUAGGCAUCUAGACUGAGCAGUGAAACAAAUAGCUACUGCAAAGAUGCCAAAGAAAAAAUAACAUAAAAAGGACAACAAACAAGAUAAAGGAGUAUCAUCUUUUUUUUCUCUCCCCAAAAUAAACAAGGAGCAGACAACCUGUUAUUAGAAGAAUCCUUAAUGGAGGACAGGAGAAACUCUACGUCUAAUCUACAAGAAUUCAUCAAUGCCAAUUUGGAAAACCAAAAUUUAAAAGGGAGAUCAAUAAUAGCACAUCUCAACUAAAACAACAAAUAGAGGAAAUUGGGAUAAAUAUAGCCGAGAUGGAAGAAAAAUAUGAAAAAUUUGAAUUUCAGUAUAAGAUGGUUACAGAGGCGCAAGAAAAAAUGAAAAUGGAUAUGAAUGCCUUGGAACAGAAAAUAACCUUAAUGGAAGAUAGACAAUGAAUAACAUCAGAAUAAAAAAUCCAUUACUCAUGACAACAUAAAUUCAUAUCCCUGAAUCCAUUACUCAUGACAACAUAAAUUUUUUUGUUUGAAUUCUUUACUGCGUUAGACCUCAAUCUACAAAAUCAAGAAAAGGUGAUUGAAAAUACAUAUCGUGUAAGGAAAACCGCAAAAUAUUCCAGAAUCAACUCCGAGAGAUAUGGUAGUUUGCCUGUAUUCUUUUCAAAUAAAAUUGCAAAUAAUUCAAGCAAGUAAAGUGAAGAAGAUUACAGAAGAAAGAUUAAAAAAUAUUACAAUAUAUCUAGACCUAUCAUCACACACAAGACUGUGGAGCAAAAACUUUGCUGUAGCCCUGAUACCACUCAAACAACACAAUAUGAGAUAUCAUUGGAGGCCCAUUAAAUCGAUAAUAGUGUUCUGGAAAGACACAAAGAAAAUCUUCUCCGUUCCAAAUGAACUGGAGGAAUGGAGAAAGGAACAAAGGCAAUCCAAGAGCUGCGCUGGCACCUGAGAACAUAGCAAAUUUUACUAAACUUGAACACACUACCUAACCCACUGUAAUUAUUCAGCAUUAACUAACAACACUAGCAUAACCAUGUACCAAACCGGUAGCAAAGCACAACUUUUUCAUAUUCUAGAGGGCUAUGUGUAACAACGUUGAAAUGAACCAUAACUCAACCUACCUAACCCACCAUAGCAGCUUCAGACUUAGCUUGUUCCUAUACUCAUGUAUAAACUCAUAAAACGUGCAACGUUAAUAAGCCAUACAACUGUUUUUCUAUGUCUAUGUCUAGCCUGCACCGGCUGUUGUGGCUAUGCAAGCAUACAUGUAUACUAUAUGCACUACUAAAAUAAAGAAUUUAAAAAAAAUAAAUAAAAAAAAUCUACCGAAUGAGAGGAUGGCGAGGGAGAUAUAUGGAGAAUAACGAUAAAAUACUUUUUUUUUUUUUUUUUUACAUAUAUAAAAGUAUGGAUAUGGUGAGUGGAAACUUGAAAUACACGAGUUAGGUAUUAGAAAUUAAAAGAAUAACACAAGCAGAAAGAAUAGUUAUAAAGAGGAAAAUUAAAACAGCUCUUUUUUAAUUUUUUUUUAGAGAUAUGAAUCCCUGAAAGAAAAUAACAUUCCUAAUGUAUAGGGUUAUGUGAGAUAAGAAAAUAAAAGCACUUUAAGUUUAGGACAAAUUUUUUAAGAAGACAGGGUUGAAAUAAAUGGGGGAAUAUUCCACACAAACUAAAAGAUAGUAUGCAAUAUUACACUUGGGUUGGCCGAAUAUAGUAGCAUCUCAAUGUUAUCUGGCUACACACGGUUUUAUGGCUGUUAAGGUUAUGACCUGUAGAAAUGAACUAUACGCAAUGGGUAAGACAACUAAUGUUCCAAUCAGGGCCGGACUGGGAUAAAAAUUCGGCCCGGGCAUUUUUUUAUCACAGCGGCCCAUUAAGAAGGGGGCGGGGCAGAGAGGGUGUGUUUUGUCAUCACUCAUGACAACACGCGCCCUCUCAAAGUGAGCAUGUUGGUUCAAUGCUCUUCCAGGGCAGACCAUGCACAGAGCUCUGCUGAAGAGCUCUAGCAUGAGAAAAAAGCCCUGUAUUUGUUCUGCACAGUGCAAGCAAAUUUAAUAACAUGCUUGCACUGUGUUUCCUUGCAACUUGUCUCUGGUGUCUCUAUAAAUGGAUACCAGGAGACAAAAGGCCAGGAAAAGAGUAUUGUGCAUGUGUUUGGAGCCUGCUUGUGGUAUUGCAUGUGUGUAGAGUGAGCUGGUCGUGGUGUGGUAUUGUGUAAUAAGGUCGGUUUUAGUCGUGUUGUGUUUGUGGUGUAAUGUAAUGCAUAUGUGGCUAGGGGCUGUAGAGAAUGUGUCUAUAGGGGAUGUAGCAAGUGUGUGUAUACAGGCUAUAGUGUGUGUGUGUGUGUGUAUAUACAGGCUAUAGUGUGUGUGUGUGUGUGUGUGUGUGUCAGGGAAUGUAUGGGUUUGCUUACAAUGAAUCUAGUGUGCGUAUAGGGGAUCCAGAGUGUGUGUGUGUGUGUGUGUGUGUGUGAAGGACCCAGACUACGUAUAGGAGAUCUAGUGAGCGUGCGUAUAUAACGGAUUCAGAGUGUAUAUAGGGAUCUAGUGUGUGUAGAUGAUUCAGAGUUGGGUAGAGGAUCUAGUGUGUGUCUGGAAUGAAAUGUGUUUAGGGGUGCUGUGUGUGUGUGAGGGGUGCUGUGUGUGUAUAUAUAUAUAUAUAUAAUAUAAAUAUGUUUGGAAGUAUUGUGUAUGUGUGUGAUGCAGUGUAUCGGGGGGUUGUGUGUGUAUGUGAGGGGUGCAGUAUGAGUGCUGAGCGUAAUAGUGCUGUGUAUGAUGUGUGUGAGUGCUGUGUAUGAUGUGUGUGAGUGCUGAGUGUAAUAGUGCUGUGUAUGAUGUGUGUGAGUGCUGAGCGUAAUAGUGCUGUGUAUGAUGUGUGUGAGUGCUGUGUAUGAUGUGUGUGAGUGCUGAGUGUAAUAGUGCUGUGUAUGAUGUGUGUGAGUGCUGUAUGAUGUGUGUGAGUGCUGAGUGUGUGCUGUGUAUGAUGUGUGUGAGUGCUGAGUGUAAUAGUGCUGUGUAUGAUGUGUGUGAGUGCUGUGUAUGAUGUGUGUGAGUGCUGAGUGUAAUAGUGCUGUGUAUGAUGUGUGUGAAUGCUGAGUGUGCUGAGUGUGAGAGUGCUGUGUAUAAAUGUUGUGUGUUAGGGGGUAAAUAAACAAAUAAAAACCUAAGUGGGACUAAAUAUACAAAUAAAAAAAAAAUAAGGGGGGUAAAUAAACAAAAACACUAAUCAUGCAUUAUUCCCCCUCCCCUUACCUGUAGCCUGGGAGGAGGAGGGGUCCGGCACGCUGGUGAGUGGGGGGGACCAGCACUCACACACGAUCCCAGGUGGUCCAAUGGUGACUCUCGCGAGAUCGGGGCAUUGCCAUGGCAACGCUCCCGAUCUCGCGAGAGGAACCCGGCUGAGUUACAAGAUAGAGCUCCGCCGGGUCCUCUCCCUCUCUCCCCAGCCGCAGGUCUGUUUAAAUGGGCCGGUGAGGGAGAGCUUUGAUCUCCCCACCGGCCCUCCAUGGAAGACAGCGGGGCCGGCGCUCGCAUAGUGCCGGCCCUGCAUAGACCGGCAGGGGAUGUCCUGGGACCUCCCCUGCCGGCCUCGGCCCAUGGCCACCGCGGCCCACCGGGCAUUUGCCCGGUGUUCCCGAUGGCCAGUCCGGGCCUGGUUCCAAUUAAAGAUGGAACAUGGCAUAAGCUGGAUAAAUAACUCCUCUGCUAAGAACAAACUCUUAAGAGAAGAUUAUCUUUGUAAAAUAUCUGCACUUCUGUAAGAAAAGGGUAAACUAUGCACAUUAGAUUUAUAACUAAGGUACCGUAUCUUAAAUGUUUAAAAACACGAGGAAUAGAUAAAUACUCCUCUCUCCUAGCUCAAUCAGUAUACCUCUGAGGUAGAAUGUAAUAGGUUGGUAAAAGUGUCAUGUAGUUUGUCUUGUUCAAUGUCUUUUGUCAAUAUUGUAUUUUGUCAAUCCAUGUCAAUUUAUUAUGUGAUGAGAAAAUCUAAAUAAAGAAUAUUUAAGAAAAAAAUGACCAGAAACAUGGAUGAAAAUGCAUCUAUGUUCAUUCAUCUAAUUACAAGCAGGUAGCUACCAGGUCGUUCCUUGUAAUUAGAUUAUCUUAAAAUAGAAGCGAUUGGAAGAACCUCCCCCCCCCAAAUGGGUUAAAUUAAUUGUACACCAGGGCAUGGCUUAGCUACUGAAGCGAAUGGACAUUUGAGCACCACUCUCCAUUGGUGUUAGAGCAAUCUGCAUCCUUCCUGAGCAUUAUUCUGCGUUAUGGUGAACAAGAAGAAUAAACAUAACUUAGGGAAUAUGCUUACAACCUCCUUCGGAUCUCACAAAUCCUUUCACUGAUUUUUUUUUUUUCUUUCACGAGGCUGAGGCUUGAGGCAAAUCCAAUAUGGAGUUGGCAAUGAACGUUAGAGAAAGCCCUCCUUUAAGCCCAUCUCCCUCAAACACGUCGGUGGGGGACUUGGAUAUCAGGUCUCUUUUAUUACACUUAACCUCCAAGGCAGAUAUGGCCGUGUUGUUGAAACUAGACGAAAGCUUUGGAGAGAAGCUACAGGCCAUAGGCACUGACGUCCGCUAUCUUGGUCCUUGAGUACAGGAGCUGGAGGAUGAUAAGGAGGCCUCAGCCUCACAGACACAAACAAUUCGAUAUCCUAUUACCCAACAGUUGGCUCUGAUAGCCACUCUACAGAGGAAACUGGACAACAUAGACAACAGAGGUAGGAGAAAUAUUCUCUGUAUUCAUGGAAUUUCUGAACCACGUGGUGAUACCCCUGAAAGCAUACCACUUAUUCUACAAGCUUUAUUUAAUAAAAUUCUCAAUAGACCCAUGGAUAUACCAAUUAAAUUAGACAGAGCUCAUAGGACCCUCAGGCCAAGAUAUUUCUCACACGAGACCCUCUCUUGAAAUUAUCAGUCAUGUUUACCAUUAUUCUCUAAAAGAGGAGAUAUUGUGCAAGUCUCGUACUCUGGAUUCUGUACAAUUUAAAGACCAAUCUGAUCUUCUCCUACAGGAACUUUCACUGUCCACCUUAUUGGCCAUAAGAUCUUUAAAGUUUGUGACAGACGACAAACUGUGUUCCCUGUUUCAGGACCCUAUGUCUUUUCAUGCCCCCUCUUAUAGGAGAAUCUGCAAAAAAGCUCUUCAUAUUCAGUUAAGACCAGAAGACUGCAAAUUCAUAUGUCGCUGUGAUGCAUGCAUCGAUAAGUCUUGGUAUUCAGGAAGUCUUUUAUAAGGUGAUAUAACCCCAUGGUAUAUGGCUCCCUCACUACUUCAUUCAUUUUACCCGUCUGUUAGUGAUCAACGCUGGUGGUCUUGCACUGCCAUUCAACCAUUUUAGAAAGAGAUCAUUAAGGUUAUACAAAGUCAUUGUCACACCUACCAAACCAUCUCACAGUCCCAAGCUAUUUUGGGGUGGUCUAAAAUUUUUCCAGAGCCACAUAAACAGACCCUCUUGUGCUUGCUACUGAGGACAUCUAGUGGGUUAAUUCCCAUACACGGACAAGUAUACCCUCCCUGGAACAGUGGAUAUCAAAAGUGGAAGCACUACACACUUUAGAGGAGUUUCACUAGUGUACUGUCGGUAAAAAAACCGAUUUGGUCCACUUGGUUGGACCACUUUACAACUAUACCAUCACAUUCCUUACUUUGUACUGCUUUGUUAAGUGAUUUCCCAAAUGACAGCCCAUAACACUCAUAACGCUAUUGUAGUUUUGAAUAUCUACACACAUCAAUGAUCACUUACAAUUUCCCAGAUAAUGGACACUUCUUAAUGAAGUUGGACUUGGACUGUACUCUCCUAUAUAUACACACAUGAUUGUAUAACAAGGACCAUACGUUUUCUGUUAAAUGUAUUCCCAUACAAAGGCAUUAUUCUGUUUCAUAUAUGCAACGUGACAUGUCGCAUGCAUCUCCCCUCACAGGGGUCUUAUUAUUUUUUUAUUAUUUAUAUAGCGCCAUCAGAUUCCGUAGCACUGUACAAAGGGUAUAAUGCUUCUCCUUUUAUGUUUAUAGGGGAGAACACUGUCUGAAAAUGUUUAAAGGAACACUUCGAGCGUCAUAAAUACUGUAGUAGUUUACUAAGGGUUUGACUUCUUGUCUUGAGUCCAUUGGGUGCUGGUCAAUGUCUCUUCAAGAGGGAAUUGGAACUCUCAGAACUUGCAUUGCUCAACAGUGGUGCGGUCGAGACCAAAAUGUAUACAUAAUACAGAUUAAGGAACAACGCACACACAAAAAUACAGUUUAAAUUUUUACUAAGCUACUUAAAGGAUCACUAUAGUGUCAGGAAAACUAAGCGUUUUUUCUUUUCAAUGCUUUCCUAUGGACACUCUGCGUGAUGGAGGCAUUAAACUGCUAUGUUUGCAUCUGCAGGGUUAAAACCUGAGGGACCUCUAGUGGCUGUCCGGAAGAAACUGCUAUGUUUGCAGCUGCAGGGCUAAAACCUGAGGGACCUCUCACCCAGACCACUUCAUUGAGCUGAAGUGGUCUGGGUGACUAUAGUGUCCCUUUAAAAUCACCUCUCAGCAAACAAAUAUUGGGAUUCGUUUCCACCAUAUAGUCAUAUUGUGUUAACCCACCCACUACUUUACAGUACCCCAAUAUUGGUGGGUCCUACACUAAUUCCAACGUGGGAGACAGAUUUAAUAGUGCCAGUGCUAAAUUAAAUAAAGGGUAUUUUGCAAAUAUUUUGAAAAACAUCUUCAUGUAAAAAUGUUCAUGUUCACCAACUGACUGAUUAUUCUGACGCAAUCACUCUGAAUAUUGCUACAAACAUAGGAUAUGUGAGUAAUCUAUUACAUAAUGUACUUACUGUGAGUUGGUUUCUGUUUCCUAAUGAGUUACCACAUAGUUCAUCUGAGAUCCACAUACAAAAUUUUGCAAUUCUAAAAUUUGCAACCUUUUAUCUCUAACAAAAUUUUAAGAUUCCUUUCUUACUUUAGUAAAAAUUGCCAUAUAACAAUUUUGCGAUUUUCAGAUUUAAAGGGAUACCAAUGGUAGUCAUCAGAACAACUAAAGCUUAAAGGACCACUCCACACCAGUAUAACACUUCUAAUUUAACCCCAGUUUAUAAAAGUGCUGAUUUCUAUUUCACUCAAACAGCCAGGAAAGUUUGCAGUCUCCUUCCAUUAGCUCCCCUGAGCUAACAGAAGUGGCAGGCAUGCUCUACUUGAGCACAUCUGCCUCCUCCCCACAGACCUUAGACCAGCUCCAGCAGACCUCCGUGCACAAGGUCACCAAUUCAGAGACUUCUCAAUGAGAAGCCUCUGGGUAUUUCCAUGUGACGAGGGGCGGAGCUUUAGUGCCAGGAGUAUAGCUUUGUACUUAUAGUAUCCUUUAAGGAUGCAGUUAUUAUGAUCUGCAGCCUUUUCAAGCUCUUUUAAGAUAUAUCUUCAUUGAAUAUAUACAUAAAAAAAAUCUAUGCAUAAAUUCAUUGGGGUAUAUCUACUAAACAUUGAUUUUCUUGUUUAUUGCCUAUUUGAGUGUCCAUUUAAUGCAGUAGUUCUGAUGUUUAUUGCCAGUUCCUGCAGGCUUUUUAGGAGAAGAGUCAAUGUUUGAAUAACUGCCACUAGAGAUGUUCCUAGGCAGUGAUAUACACGGCCACUAAAGGUGCUUCCUGUGUCAGUGCUGCAUGGAGAUGCCGGACGUUCAUUGUAGAGUUGUAAUUCUGGAAAAUCUGUUAAAUCUGUAGAUACUCAGAGACAGCCAGGUAUCUGUUAAUCACUGAAUUAAAGAUGGCAUCUGAUGUAUCUGGGACACUCGGCAGGGUAAAUGGCAGUCUGUUCUACAGUCAGAAUUUGUCAAAAUUACUCAAUGUAUGAAUAUAGAUAUACAGGCAUACGUAACAGCUUGAUAGAAUAUACCUCCACUAUGGAACAACAUUCUUCAAUUUACUGUAGUUAAGCAUCCGCUCCUACCUCAGCUGGCCCUUAUUUCAAGUAAGGUAAUUCUGUGAUUUUGUUUUGGCCUCAAGAUAACUAGCCUACAUGUAUACGUAUCUUGGUUUGCUUGCUAAUGAAAAGGGGAUUUUCUAUACUAUUUUUGUACAACCUUUGAACCAACCCCUGCCUUUCUUCCACUAAUGUUAUACUAGCAGUGUUGAUUUGUAUCAGGGAGAGCUGGGCAUGUCCACUAUUGAUUGUAUAACUGCAUGUUAAUCCUGCUGGCAAUCUUGUAUCCACGUAGUCAUGUGACAUAUAUGAUGUUAUGUGCAUUCAUUUCUGCCAUGUCAUUUCUAUCAUGCACAAUGUUAAUCAUGCCAAGCCAGUAUAGACUCUGACUGGCAGCUAAUCUCCUUGUCAACAUAGUUUUGUGUUUUGUUUAAGUUGUGGCCACAUUGCUGAGUUUAUUAGGGGCACUCCUACAAAAUGCAUACUUCACGGCUGCAAUCAGUAAAUAUCAUGCAACAAUCUGUAGAUUUUUUUUUAAUCCAGUGCAGCUCCGAAGCAUGUACUUUCUGUGAUCAUCCCUGAUAAAGUCCACAAUUAUAUAUAUAUAUAUAUAUAUAUAGACACACACAUGGAGGCCCAUAAGGAGAGAGAGAGGUUGUGCCAAAUGUCCGCUAUACCUUAGUUGCACUUUGUUAGGCCAUGCAGCACAGUAACCAAUGCAUUGUGGGUCAGGGGCCUAAAGAUUAUGAUGUAGUUGUUUCAAACAGUGAGAAUGCAUUGAAAUGGAAUAGGGACUUUACUUAGGGUCCAGACCCACAUGUUAAAAGGGCUUUGCAACAACAUAACGACUACAACUCAUUUUCGUGGUUCUCCUGCAUGAAUCCCCUGGAGACACCUCUCACUUACAUAUCAAACUGUUUUAAGAAUGGUUUGACACAACUAAACCCCUCUCAGCUCCAUUGAUAAUGUGGAAUUAACACUUCUGCAUUAUUAAUCAAUUUUGUUCCACCUGGUCGACUACAAUUGGCUAAGAGUACUGGGUUAAUACAACUCCACCAGUCGAAGACAAGCCAAUCAAUGCUACCAAUGCUAGUGCGGCAGUAUGUAUUCCACAUUCUCAAUGCAGCCUUAAUGGGGGCAAUCACUGGGCACUCAAAUUAGCCUCAUUUUAUUUCAAGGUGUACUUACAAGGUUUGACAGUGAUGACAGUGCAUUGGCCCUCUAUGCAACAAGCUCUAUUAUUCGUAAUAGAUUAUAUUUCCUACCUGUUCUAUGUUAAAUUUAAAUAUUGUGUAUUAUUGUUUUUGUAUUUUAUUGUACUCUAAUGUAUCAAUGCAAUGUUUUGGACAUACUUGAAUACGAGAGAAAUCUCAAUGUAUCCUUCCUGGUAAAAUAUAUAUUUUUUUUAAUAAAUAAAAUAAAGCACCAACAAAUUCCAUAGCACUGUACAUUGGGUAGUGCUUAUGGUUCUUAGAACACCCCUUUAGGAACCACCUAGAAUGUAGUCCUAGUAACCAGAUGCAAAUAAAAAUAAAGUGUGUUUAAGAAAAAUUACAAAAAUAGUAUCUAGACUAUUUUAUUUAUUUAUUUGCAUUAACCUCCAAAAAUAAAUAUAAAUAAUAUUAAUGCACUACUAUGGGAAAAAAAUGAAUUCUAAUCCCGUUCAGUACAUUGCAUGUGCUAGAAUGCAUAGCGUGAGCUGGCUCAUUUGUAUUAUCAAUAAAAUACAAAAAUCUAAUUGCAGAAUUUAGGCUAAAAUAGCCAGUCUGUGUCUAAAACUGUGUUGGGAUUCUAAUCAUCUGUUUUGAUCUAAAUUUUGCAAUUUACAGUUCAGUUCACUACAAUUCGGGUUGGGGAAUAAACCCCUAGGCGUAUUCGCUAAACUUCUAAUUCUAGCGAAUUUACACUCAAAUGGAAAAAUGUAGGCUAAAAUAUUAGAUCUGAAAAAAAUUCUCCAACUCCACUAUAGUCCAAGCUUGUGUAGUUUAGGUUAACGUUUGACACUGAUACUAAAGUGUACUAUGGUCCUCUCCAUUGCAUUGUCUGUGUAAUGGAUUUUUGAUGUAUCUCAAUGGUAAUAAUUAAACAGAACUCUGGGACAUUGUUCUAAUUGUAGCGCAGUCUCCAUGGAAACCAAAGGAAUGCCCCUGCUGAUUGUUCCUCUUUGCCCAGAACCAGUAAAUAAACUCCCCCAGUGUAUUAUUCCCCUUUAAACACAUGCCAUCUGUUCCUGCAAGAUUCAGCCUGGAAGGAGUUAGCUACAAAGAAGGAGCUGAUAUUUUGAUCCUCACUCCAGCAGGGGCCAGCCCACUGUCUUAUAAUGGAAACAGUUUGAAUUGAUGCAUUUACUGUGCUCUGUGCCAUGGGUGAUUAUAUCUUAAUGGAGCUUCUUACAAAUGUCACUGUUCCUGUUUAUAAUAUGUCUUUCAUAGCUGUUAACAUGUGACAAUGACACGGUCACUCCCCCCUCCUGUGCUCUGCAGUAGUUUGUUCCUGUGAUGUAGACUGUAAGCUUGUACUUCCUUGUAGAAGCCGGUGUGACAGUGGGAGGAGGAGAGGCUGGGGAGCACACUGACAUGGGGAAUGCACAGAAAAAGUCGUCUCCUAAGAGAAACAAUCAGAGGGACAGUGACGGCCAGAUCCCCAAACAGAGCAAGGAAAGCGCUCAGAAUGGAGUGAAGAAAGAUCUUGGCAAUGGCCAGACAGCCAGGAAUCUUUGCAGAGAGAAUGGAAACCAGGAAGGAGCCUCUGAGAAGGCGAACGGACACCAGGAUCCAAAUCAGAAUACAAAGCAACCAUCGCAGCCCGUGGCUCCUGCAGCUAGACUAAAAGGAGAAGGGAAUCAGCUCUUUAAGAACGGCCAGUUUGGAGAGGCUGCCAUCAAAUACACAGAGGCUAUUAAUCUUCUCACUGAAGCCGGUAAAUAAUCUGUUUUAUAUUGUCUAUAGUACAGCUGUGUUUGUGAAUGGCCAGUGUGUGUUAUGCUGGUAAAGCCCAUACCAGUUACAAUAAUACAGAAUGGGAGCCAUGUGAUUCCUGGCAUUGUGCUUGUCGUAUCACAUUUGGCAAUAUGGAAAAUUAGUCAUUGCUGUUUUUUCUCUUUUCCUCUUCCCUCUAGCCUUCGUGUGAUAGUGAUUAAGCAAGCAUGGCUUGCACACAAGAUACUGCAGUGCUCAAUGUGCUGCAGUGCUGUCUCAGUCUGUAUGUGGUACUGACUGGCUAAUUCUAAUACAUCUCUAACCUUGCAGGAUCAGAGAAUGCAGAGGAGCUGGGUGUCUUAUAUUCCAACAGGGCAGCAUGUCAGCUGAAAGAAGGGAACUGCAGACAGUGUAUUGAAGAUUGCAACAGGUAUAAUUCUAAUCAUUUUCGGUCCACUGUAACAGGUUAAUGGUGUGUAUGUGACUGAGAACCACACUACUGUAACAAUAAACAAGGUCUUGCUGUAAGGUUAAAGGUCAAUGCAUGUGUCUGAAGAUAGCUAUUCGGGUAUUAAAUGCUGUGUCCAGUUAUUAGACUGUAUUCUCAAUUUAGAAAACCUGUGAUACCUAACCUUUGAACUCCAGAUAUUUGUCACCUACAGGGAGACAGAGGUUUUUAGUUCAAAAGCUUUUGGGAAACAGAAGGCUAUUCCUGAUCUUUGAGACUUCCUGUGUUUUAAUCGAUUAGGCGGGCAAGCUGCUGUCCAAAGUGUAACAUAGGAAGACAGACUGUCAUCCUGAGUGUAUAAGAGAACUUUCAGCCUCUUAGGCUUCUUUGAAGGCUUCUUAUCCAUUGAAUGGACCAUAAACCCUUUUAUGACAUAUUGGGCAAAUCCCAGUAUAGAAUUACUUCCUGCAUUGUCAUGUGACAUUAAAAAGCUUAUGGAAAUUUGUCAUGUGUUGGUAAAGAAGUGAUCUACAACAUAAAUUUCAGGAUAGGCAUAUUUCAACAUGUUAUAGACACACAUAUUGGUACCAACUUUAUCUUAAUGUAUUCCCAAUGUAUUAUAAUCAAAGUUCCAAUUCCUUAUGUCUUUAAUGUCUCUUUAAUGAUCUUUUACAUUGAAAAUUCUAAUCUGCAAAAUGUCUUGCUGAAGUCGGCCAUGAUAAAGCUUCAGUAUUCAUUAGUAUAUCCAUUUACCAUAAAUUGUAUGUGGCCACUAUAUGUCCAAUUAGCAUCAGUCACAGACCAUUUGAUGGAUCCCUGUACAUAUGCUCUCAGCAGACUGUAAGAGAUGUACAAAAAAAAAACAGUCUGCACUUAAUGGAUUUGCUGCUAUUUAUCAUAACAUUUUAACUAUGAAUAUCCAGAAUAUUACUGCCCUGAAAAGACAGCAGGUUCCUAACAUUAAGUAAUACUGUUAUUUUGGGGUUUCCCUCUAAGUGGGAUUAGUGGCCAUUUUAAUAGAAUCAGAGGUUUAAGUCUGUGGUUAGGCAGAGGAUAAUACUGAUGGUAUGUUUAGUAUUGCAUGGUGAUUCUAUGCUUUGUGAUGAGCAUGCAGGAUGACUGUGUUGCUCACAGUUUAAGGUUCUCAUUUCCUCUUUUAAUAGAUAGAAAGAACCCUGUCUAGCUCCCUUGUAAUGUUGUCAUGGCAAAGUGAAGGUUUUCGUGAAUGGUGAUUGGCUGGGAGCUCAGUUAUGCGGUCAUUGCCUGCUCCCAGCCCAAUCACAUUAUACAGAUAAAGCCGUGUUUUACACCUCUUGGCAAUCAACUGAAUUUUAAUUGUAGAAUGUGUCCUGUGUGACACCUGCCAAUGGUCAUUUCAUUGUCCUGAAUAUUUAUAUUCUUUCAUUAGAUCUGUUUUAACAAAUAACCCAUAGAGUCCUAUCAUGGGUUAUCAAUAAUCUACCAGUCCUGGUCACUUUCCAGAUGGUUCAACUGAUAAUAUAUAACACCUUUUGUCAGAUCAUACAGUGCAACUUUAAGGGCAGCUCUGCAUUCCUUCCUAGACACACCCUCUAACCAUAUACCUAGAGAUCGUAAUCUAGAUAUAUUUGUACCUGGGUUUUUAUAAAUUGUUAAGAGCAAAUCCCAAUUGAAAAAAUAUGUAUAACUUGAGAUAUAUAUGUGAGGGCUUUAAACAAAUCACGUGCUACUAAAUACUAAUUAAAAAUAAAAAUUAACAAACUGACAGAACAAAGAGUAAUGUCCUUUAUUGGUAUUCUUCUAACGGGGUGUAGAUCCAUAUAUAACCCAGAGGGUGACUUCCCUUAAAAUCAGCCUGGGAUUUGGGCACAUCUGACAUUCUAAUAUAAAAGCCCUCAUAACAAAAAUAAAUAUAGUUUGUGAAUUUAUUGCUAAUCUGACAAGUAUGUAACCUGAGAUACACACAUACUGCAAUGUUUCCUUAGAUUAGAACAGAAGGAAACCACUUCCUGUAUUCUCAAACUAGAACCAUUUGGUUUCAAAGUUUGGCUCUGCUUGUGAGUGCCCACUUCAGGGGGUAUCUAUCCACUGUCUGGCGUAAUUCAUUUUUUUUUUUUUAAUUGUACCCCGAAAUGGUUAUCUUCUGAAAAUUUGGCAUCUACAGAUAUCCUGAAAGUCGGAAACAACCUUUCCUCCUGCAGCAACACAAGUGUAGAUUUUGCUUGAUUCUUCUCAUUGUUAAAUAUUGACUUUACUGUUAAUUUUUACAAGCCAUAUUCAUAAGCCAUCUUGUGAAUGUCAGAUUAAAGUUGAAGUUCCACUUUAUAUGCUGUUUCCACUCACCGUGGUAAAUGUUGUUGAAUACAAUUGCCCAGAUAUUAUCUAACUAGAUUGUAAAAACAUAUCAUGGGACUGAUAAUUCUUAACAACAUAGAAGCUUCUGCAAUAAAAAAAAAAAAGCCAAAUACAUUCAGGAAACCAUUUUUCCAUGAACUAUACCAAAUUACAGUGUCAUGUACUGUAACCUGUACUUUGUAAACACAUCAGGAAUUGUUUAACCUCCACUGAAACAUAGUUACUUUCUUACCUGGUAUUUAGUCAGUAACAAAGAUCUGUAACUCAAACAACAUUGUACUUUGGAAUGCAGAGACAAAGUUCUUAGUAAGUAAUAAGGGACAUAGUGCACGUUGCCAGUUAGUAGCUGAUUAGGGUAUGUGUGUAAUGAUACCUGCAGGCAUGUUACUGGAUCUCUUACUGUAUGGACUGUGACAAGGUAUUUACACAAGUUGUCAAACCAGUGGGAUUAGUUAAAGGAAUGAUGUAGAAUAGAUACUUUGUGGGUGACAGAGAUGGAUUAUAUAUGACUUUGCAGAUCUCCUAAAGACAGCUUAAUUUAGUAGUUAAAUAGGCACGAUAGCUCGCCCCCAUGCAUUAUGUAGAUAAUACAUAAAAAAAUACCCAAAAAAACAGUCAGGGAACGAUCAAUAUUUACAGAGAAUAUUCAGCAAUUCUAUCACUUCUACUGAGGGUUGCAAAAAUCUCUGUUGAGUGUCUUUACUUGGCAAUGUUUUGACCCAUCAACACUCAGGAGCCUCACAUUCUGUUAUGUGGGUUCGAACAGGAUUUUAUUUUGCCGACCUCACAAAAACAUAUUUGCUAAAUAUAGGGGAUAAGUAAACAAUGUUAAAAUCCAGAGACAUGACAGUACCCCUUUAAAUAGGCACUUGAAGUUGCAGUUGACCCUGAUUUUAGUUAGUUAUUUAGAUAAUGCUUUUAAACAACACGCGUUGUAAGUAAAUAAAAAUAAUGUAGUAGACCUGACAUUGAAAUUCCUGUAUUUUCUGUAAAUCUCUCGAGAUUAGAUCUUAAUGCAGCAAGCUUUGUCCAAACUAGGUAGCGUCAAUCAGCCAAUCGUAGCAUUCUUUUUAUAUUUUAAUGGUAGCUGAACAUAUCUCAAAAGUAGCAUUUUCAAAAAGACAAUCUAUUUCCAUGUGUUUUAUGCAAAAUAUUGCAGCCAAGAAAGUUGGCCAUUUCUAAAGAUUUUCCAAACUUACUCCAAUUUCCAUUUUACUAGCUUAAGAUCCUUUUGUGAUUUAAAGAACUCAUAAGAAAGGAAUGUCCUGGGUUUACUUAAUAUAUUCACAACUAGAUUCAAAGGAACACUCCAAACACCAUAACCACAACAGCCCACUGCCCCAGGAUAAUCUGUAAAACCUUUUUAACACUUACCUGACACUCUCAGCGUCAUAAAUAAAUGCCCAAAUCAGCAUCCAGCUUCUCCAUCGGAUACAGUGAUGGCACUGGCAGAACCCUUGUAGGCGUCACAUUGUGAUAAAUGGUUUAACAGUUUUAUGGUAACACAUGGUUUUACGCUGAGGCAACGCCAGGACAAUUCUGGCACUGUAACCAGUGGGCUGUAGUUGGUAAGGUGCCUGACGUGCUGCUUUAAUUAUUUGGGAGUCUGGCAUGCUCUGUAUUCUAUUGAGAAAAUGUUCUAAGAAUUCUCACAUGUAAUAAAUUUCAAUAUGCUUUUCAUAGGUAUAAACCACAAGAACUGCCUCAAUUCUAGAACAUUAGAGAGCAAUAGUACAGAAUUUUCCACUGUAUGAAAGGGUAUAUUAAUGCCUCAAUAUACAAACAGCGCCCAUAUCCAUACCCGAAUGGAUGUGUAUUUACCGUAUUCUAUACAAAAUUGUGAGCUAUAUUUAUCAAAGGAGAGGGGCUUUUCUGUGUUGGGCUAUAGAAUAGCUUAAUAUACAGUUCUUAUUAUUUACCAAACUAUACGAAUUGUUAAAUAAAUAUGGUAGACGGUAUUCUUCCUGUAAUAGCUCUCACGCAUUGCUGGAUUACUUUAAUGGACCGUCUGUCACUACAAUAAAAACUAUUUAUCCCUUCAAUUAGACAGUUUGUAGAGACUAAUAUAAAAUGCAGCCAUGACUUGAUGGUAUGACAGGUGCACAUUAACACUAAUUCAAGUGAGGUAUUUUCUUUAUCAUACCAAUACUUUCAUCACAGUUAUAUAAAGCGUAGUUCACACCUCACUGAGUCAUUGUCACACUUUGGUCUUGCUAAUGUUAUUCUAAGCCUCAACUUCUCUCCUCUCUCUGACUCCUACACAAUGUAUCUCCAAUCUUCUGUAUACAACUUUAUCUGGGGGAAAUUAUCAUAGUGUUAGGUAGAUUCCUUCACAAACCCAGCUUAACCCCUUAAGGACCAAACUUCUGGAAUAAAAGGGAAUCAUGACAUGUCACGCAUGUCGUGUGUCCUUAAGGGGUUAAACCUGAAGGGCAUGGCAUUAAAUCUAUAUUUGUGAUUCAGGUAACUUGAAUGAUAACUAAACCGCAAUAUUAUUAAUAUAAUAAAAAAUACUAUUACGGUAAGAGUAGUUGGGGAAGGUAUACAGUUUGGGUAAGGGGUAUAUGGGGAUAUUGGUUGUGUGACUGAAAGGGCUUUAGGUUUACAAAUGCAUUUUCCUUGUUGCUAUUUGUCUGUGGAUAAGCAACCUUGCGAACUUAUAUUGAGAUAUGGCUGAUUUUUACACGUAAUCAAAUGGAAAUGCAAAUAUAGCUCAAAUAACUGAAUUUGACUUUUUGAAUAGACAGAUGGGUUUUGCAUAACAAAUCUUUCAGAAACAGACUAAUUAGAAAAACCAGGUAACAUUUGGUUACUGUUUGGUCCUUCGGCUUAGAGAAAUACCCUUGCAGGUUCUGCUAAUUAAUUGUUCUGUACAACAUUCCAUCAGUUAGUUACACUUGCCUGCUGUCCUAGCUCCCCCGAAAUGUGUUUAGUCUAACCUCAAAUUAAACCUGUGCAUAAUCCGGUUUCUGUUUUUAAGUAAAACUGCUUGUUAUUGACAUGUCUGUACAGUGUUAUUUGACCAGUGUUUACUAUCUGAUCAUGCCUGUAUUUCUUGUCUCAGCUGCAAUAUGUCAGUCUAAUAUGAUUGUAGAUUUUUUAGUGUCACAGUUACUAGUCAGUAGUGUAGAAUAGCUUUAACAUAUUAUUCUUACAACAACUGAACACCUCUAUUAAAAAUGAGUAAGCAGCAGGGUGGUUAUUUUAGAUCGUUAUAUAAGCAGAGUUUCUUCUGUCAUGCUAUAAAUGUAUAAAAUAAAAUGAACUGGUAGUUUAGAAUAGAGGUGGCCAAAAAAACAAGGGAAGUUGUUUUAGAACCACAACUACCAUUAAGCUGUGCCAUGCUCAAGGCUGUCAAAUCAUCAUGGUUGAAGUUCUGUAACAGUUGCUGCUACCUUUAAUUCACCCAUGGUUUUGGACAUUGUAUUUGAUUUAAUGUGGCAAAACACACACACAAAAUAAUCCUUCUUCAUUUGUUUUUUUAAAGGGCUCUAGAACUUCAGCCGUUCUCAAUGAAACCGCUCUUACGUCGAGCGAUGGCAAACGAGUCUCUUGAACGAUACAGAGAAGCAUAUGUAGACUAUAAAAUUGUUCUUCAAAUAGACAGUGGAAUGCAAGUGGCAAAUGACAGUAUUAACAGGUGAGUCUCUAAUGUUUGUUACCUUUUUUUUUUUUUUUAAGAGUACAAUGAAUGGGAAACGAUCAAUGCUAUCACUUAAUAUUUCCUUUAGUCUUUGUCUUUUUCAAAUAAAUCAAUCAUAUUAGUUAACAAUCACGAAUUGUCUUAGUAAAACAAAUGUUUUCAGUAUGGAUUUUAAUGCCUGACACCAGUAGGCAUCGAUGGCAAGAAGCCAAAUGGUUGAAUCAUCAUCUAGCCCAAAAAUCUCCCCCUUUCUGUGAUUUGGAUAUCACAUUCUGUCUAAAGAACUCCCAAUCCUGAACUCAUUUUAGGGAUUGCAUUGGGACUAGUGCAGUGCCUGCUUUAUAGAUUUUCCUCUGAUGAGUUGGUUCAGUCUCUGUACCUGUAAUGGAAGAGGAAGCAGUGGGUGAGUACACGGUAUUUCUGAGAAUUCCCCGGCUAAGAACCUAAACGCUGUCACUGAUCACAGGGAUUUGUUUUAUUUAUUUUUACACAGCCUGUGUAAUUUACAAUAUAAAAUUAGAAUCACAGCAGUUAAAGUAUUAGAAUAAUUUAUUUAAAUUUGAAUAGCUUGAAAACCUGUCCUAUUUAAAAACGGUACUGACGCAAUGUAUCAACAUAUGGCACAUUAUACUGACUGCAUGAUAAACACGCACGAUCUGUCUCAUUGUGGAGAGUGACUUCUUACUAAGUAUUUUCUAAGUAAAACACAUGGUCAAAGAGUAAUGUUGAGAGAAAUACAUUCUAUAAAUUCCGUUAUGUCUGCUAAAUAAUCGAUGUUCGUGAAAUAUUCAAAUCUUAGCACCUUAACAUAUAAUUAUUGCAUUUAAUGAGGAUUAAUUCCCACACUUUAUAUGAGAUCUUGCACAGUCCUUUUAGCUUAAAGGUAGAAAUGGUUAACGGGACACUACAGUCACCAGAACAACUAAAGCUUAUUGAAUUUGUUCUGGUGAGUAGAAUCAUUCCCUUCAGGCUCUUUGCAGUAAACACUGUCUUUUCUCAGAGAAAAUGCAGUGUUUACAUUACAGCCUAGUGAUAACUCCACUGGCCACUGCUCAGAUGGCUGCUAGAAGUGCUUCCUGGGGCAGUGGUCAGCACAGUGGUCAGCACUGCCAUUCUGUGUCUCCACCCUCUGCAUGGAGAUACUGAACUUUCCUCAUAAAGAUGCAUUGAUGCAAUGCAUCUCUAUGAGGAUAUUCUGAUUGACAAGGGCUGUGUUUGGCAUUUGCUGGUUCUGCCUCUAAUCUGCCUCCUAUGGGAAAGCAUUGUGAUUGGCUCAGAUCACCACUUCUAAUGAUGUCAGCCAAGCAGGCAGAUCAGGGGCAGAGCCAGCAGCAGAAGACUGUAACACAAGUAAGAUUUUACUAUAUUUAGGGAGGACAAGGAGGGAACCAGGGGGGCUUGAUGGUGUUUUUAACACUAUAGGGUCAGGAAUAUAUGUUUGCAUUCCUGACCUUAUAGUGUUCCUUUAAAACAUGGAUUUUCUUUUUAACAUUUUUUAACUUUGUCUAUUGCAUAGCAGAGACAAUUAUCAGUAAUUAGAAAUUUUUUUGACCAAUAGAGGAAUGUAGGGAGCAAGUUGGAGCAUGAAUAAUUUAGGUUGUCUUGUUAUAGGCAACAUGACUAGGGCUUUGGGUUAAUUAAGGCAGUGGUAAUUUGGGAUAAUAAUAGAAUGUUACACCAGACUUUGAAUCAAGGCUCCCAAUUGUACAUAUUCCUCAAAUAUCUCCGUUGCUGAUCCACAAUCUUGUUGUAUUUUUGGAUGCUUUUUCGCGUGUCUGGGCAUUAUGGGAAAUGUAGUCCACAACAACAAAAGUGCCAUAGGUUAGCUUUAAUAAUUCUAAAGUCAUGUGUGCCUAAAAAGCUCUCUUUUUAUAAAAAUGUCAGUGGUCAUAGUGCAUAAUCAAUAUUUAUAUUACAUGGGAUAAGCAGGUGUGUUUUUUUUCCCCCCAUUUCAUUUAUUCGAUCAAACUACUGCACCAUUCUCUGUAAUUCAUUUUUAUGGUUAUUGAAAUCCCAUGACUAAAGCAAUAAAAUACUAAGUGCUUCAUUAAACUGCAUGUCUAAAUGAUUUAUGAAUGCACACAAACAGAGCUCUGUUCCUGUGCAUUAUUUGCAUGUAAUAAAGGAACAUUUAUAUGUUGGAGAUUCUUCCUGGAGGUUCAGGAAUUGUAUAUAAAACAUUCCAUGACAAGUAAAGUCACGUAUUUAAGUGAUUUCCUUUUAUUGCAAAUUAAAUUCCUCCUCGGGCUGCAGGUGGGAGCAAGACUAUAUAACUGCUUAAAGAUCAUUUAAAACGAUUUAAGAAACUUUUUUUUUUUUUUGCUUCUAUUAAUAGAAAGCUGUGUUGCCUGUUUUCUUAAUAAAUGCCAGGUUAGGUUACCCCUGAAAUUCCAUAUUUUAUAUGAGAAAAUCUUCUGUAAAGCACUUACCAGUAUAUUCUACCAUGAGUUUAAAGUAAGGGUUUGUGAAAAGAAAAAAAGAAGUUAAAACUCACAUGGAAUCAAGCGCAGGGCCAGACCCCGUCCGACAUCCCUCCUACCUUCUCCGUGGUCCAAAUGUCUCUCAUAGAGCAGACUUUCUCUCUCUGUUGAUGACUCUGAAAUCUUGUGGUAAUAUUUAUUUUGUAUCCAUACAUUUGGUACAAGUGUAGUUAAGACAAUUUAGACCGGACCGUUUAUAACCAAUAAAGAGUCAUCCUGCCGUCUAUUCAUGUCUGGUCUAUGUGCAAGACAGUGUGUAAUUGGAGAUGAAAGUCCUGUUUCCCAUUUUCGGAACCCACUCUCUCUCUCUUUCUCUUAUUUGCCUCCUGUCUAACGUCUCAGAACAUCUGCCAUCUCUAUUCUAACCUCAGACCUAGGCCUUGAUUUAAUAAGCUUUCCGAAUGAUUCAGUAGUGUUAGAAAAAAACUUUCAAAACGAUUUAUCUACAAAAAUUCCAUAGACUUCAAAUGUGACUUCUGUAGUUGUUUCUAACUCCAUUGAAUCAUUUGGAAAACUUAUUAAAUUGAGACCAUAACUACAAAUGACAAUCAAAAUAAAUAUUUAUUGAUUAUAUUGUAUAUAUUGUAGAGGUGAUUGAAUAUGACAAUAACAUACCAUUUGUCUUUAAAACAGAAUCACAAGGACAUUAAUUGAUCAAGAUGGGUCCAGCUGGAGAGAAAAACUACCCCCAAUUCCAUCCGUUCCAGGCUCUUUUCAUUUGCAAAGACAAGAAGGCAACAUCACAGCUUCCAAUAGUGUCCAUCCUGUGGAAAAUAAUCAGCCAGGAAAUGUAACGGGUAAUGGCAACCAAUAACAAAAUGGCAUCCUCUGUUUAUUGGGAAUUUCAAAGAUGCUGCAUCACCACUUUUUUUUUUUCCAUUAUUCUUGAUAAACUGCUAACAUGAACAGAAACGAGUCCAGAUGAUCUGACAUUUUUUUUUUUUUCAUAGUACUUUGAAAUAAUUUUCUCAGCAGACUCAUUUUUCACUAGCAUCUUCUUUAAUAAUGAUUUUAGGAACUGAACCAUUGUAGAAUGGACAGAAGGUUUUUUUUUAAGUUACAGAAACUCAAGGGACUAGAUUGGGGAUGGACAAUCUCUGGAUUAAUUACAUGAUGACGGCUAGACUGGUCGUGUUGAUAAAGUUCAUCUAAAUCUAUUUUUAACCUCUUUUAAAAUAACUCUCUACCUUUCAGGAUUAAAUCAUCUACUCUCUAGUAUUCUCCUUGGACAUUUCUCUGUAAAUUUUGUUGCCAGCAUGGCUUUGGACUAGCAUACCAUUGUACAUAACUUGUUUACCAGGUCUAAAGUAAUUAGUAUUUUUUUUUUUUUUUAAAGUUAAAGAACAUCAAAGCUUUUUACCUGUAAAUACAGGUCAUUGCAAAGAAAGCGCAAUUGAAACUGACUGCGAGUUUCACUAAACUAAAAAUAUGUUUGGUAAAGCAUGUGUCAUCUUUGCAUUUUUUGCAAAGCCUUCAAGUAACCAGUCCACUUGCAUGGUGGUGCCUAGGUAAGAAGAUGAGGAAGAGAAAUGUAUUUUCCUAGGACCCUUCUUCCUAGGCACCUUCAUUACUGUUCAUAAAGGCUUGGCAGGUGAAUCAUUACACACACUAGCGCACAAGAUGGAGGAAUGCCCAUGUAGAGUGCAAUGCCAGGAAUAGCCGAUGGGUAAUGGCAGGGUACGCCGAGUGUAAGCUCAAGAAAGAUCCUGCUCUUACCACAGUUUGCCAAAAUCUAAAACAGAAUCCCUACUUUUUUUUUUUCAUUCAUUCUGUUCAAUUUCUUUGAGCUUAAUUGAGCAAAUGAGCUUAAUUAAGCUUAAGUGCUCAUUCAAGCUCAUAUGGGAUCCUGCUAUAUAUUACCACAGUACUUUGGACACCGGUUGACAGAGCUAGUUUGUCUGUAACUGGGAGGACUCUCUGCAACCUGUGUCUUCAAGAGUCUUGGUUUUGUUGAAGAUAAAAUUAAACCAGCUCUGUCACUUUCAGGGGUCUUUGCAUAUUUCAUAAUGUAUUUUGUAGAGUUUCCUAAAGGAUACAUCUCCAAUAGGAGUGCAGUUAGCUAGAUAUACUUACCUGGAGCUGUCUCCCGAUGGCACUGCCAUUAUUUGCUCCUUGCAGUUCAUCUACCAGAAACUGUGUCAGUGCUGUGUUCUUGCACAAGAGUACAAACUGGAUGUCUCUGAAGGAUCCACCAUAGACCAAAUGUCGCAAUCUGCGAGAAUGCUGAUUCCCACCGUUGUCGCUAGCUGCGGGAAUUCACAAAACUUCCAGCUUGUACCUAUAACAAAGCAGUCUUUUUUAAAAAAAAUUUUAUUUAGUUGUGGACAAAGCCACAAAGUUUUGUUGUGCUUUAUACAGUAUAGUAAAACAGAUAUAUGAAAGGUAAAAUAUAACACUCAUAUUAUGCUUAGACAGGUGAGGAAGAGAAGUACUCAGCAGUAAAACAUUAAUUUAUCUAGAAAGUGACAUGCAUUAAGUUCUAAACUUAUUCCUUGUCGUCAGGAUCAAUUUAGCUCUUGUGUAUAGUAGGGCUGAUUUUAUAGCCUGCAGACUGGAGAACACGCAUUAAGAAGUGUUCUAUGGGGGGGGCCCUGUAGCUGCAGGGAGCGAGCCUCCUCUGCCAUCUGAGGACUUAGCUCCGGCACCACACCGGGGAUAGCGGUUCUCCGUUUUGUUGCCAAAGGGACAUAUGGCACCUGGAGACUUUUUUCAGGAAUGUCGCUUGAUCCUCCGUGGCCGACAGGAUAUGGAUCAACUCGCCUCCCGGCACCACUAGGGUACCCGAGGCUCCCCAUCGGUACCUGAUGCCCUGCUCCCUCAGAGCUUUGGUUAUGGGCAUAAACCUGCGUCUCUCCAUUAGUACGGAAAAGGGUAAGUCUUGUACGGAAAAGGGUAACUUGUCCACUGCUACAGUGGGGUGCUUCCUGGAGUGUGCCAUGAUUGUUGUUUUGGCAGUAAUGUCGUGGGUGACCGCUGUUAUGUCCCUGGGUGCGUCUGCAGUGGCGGUCGGUGCCUUUCGAAUCCUAAAGGCUGACACGAUGAGCAGUGAGUCUCCCUCCCCAUUUACUUCCAGUUCCUGUGUCACUUUGUGGACGAAGUCCAUAAGUGCCUCUGGGGCUUGUGUCUCUCGCGCUCCGCGGAUCCGUUUAAAAAUGCGACCGUGUGGGUAAGGUGCGGUCCCUGCGUGGUGAGGGACUCCAUCUAGGAGUGGGUUUUAGUUAGUCUCCGCUCUCUGUCUCCUUCUCGGGACUCGACGUCUCCCAGCCUUUACCGCAGCCCACCGACCUCAGCCUAUACUCCUGCAGGUCUGCGUCCUAGACCUCUCUCAGGUCCAGGAGAAGUUUCUUAAUGUCCCGUUUAGUAAAGGGCGACGCAUCUGCAUCGGAUUCAGUCCACUGGUACACUCUGUCAGGAUCCUGCGGUCUCUGAUGUAUGUCUUCAUCUUGGGAGCAAUCAGUCGCUCGUGUCUAUAGGCCUCUCGGGGGCAUCAUUUUAAAUCUGACCUUGUGAUGGUGGUCUUUCGAAAGAUUGCCUGAUAUCUUGGAGAGGCACUCUCAGAGCGGACAAGCUUCUUAUAUUUUCACCCCAUGCCUCUGAGGGGGGUAGCAGAGUCUCUAAUGUGGUUUUUGGGCAAAUUCAUGGCAAGCAAAGGAGUAGUUUCAGUGUAUGGAGUGGGAGCUCCACACUUGCACAUCUGCUCAGUAGGUCGGCUGGCCACGCCCCCCCUAACAAAGCAGUCCUAUGAUAUCUUUGUCUUAUGAUAUCUUUUGACUGUAUUGUAAUUUCAAUGAAAUUCCAGCCCAGUCAAUGUGAAUAUUCAAUAAAAAUGCUACCAUUUAUGAAAUAUUCUCAAUGUAUGGUCUAGUGCGGUGGUUCCCAAACCAGCCUUCAAGGCAACCCUACCAGUCCAGAAUUUUAAUAAAAACACCUUAAACACAACCGGGUAAUCUGUACUGGUGGGGGGGCACAAAGACUGAUCUGGAAGCCACUGGUCUAGUGAUAUCAGUACUAUCUCUAUGUAACUGCAGCAUUGCUAUGGUAACAAUAAAACUACAGAAUGCAGCCUGUCCUGUACCGAUGACCCGUCACUGCCAAUACACUUAAAAUUCACAAUCCAAUCACGAGGCUUACUGUUAGAAAGGAAAAUAAAAACCAUUUGAAAUAUAGUUUGUCAUUUCUUCCUGUUUUACGUGUUUUUUUUUUUUUUUUCAAUAAAUAAAAUAACAUAAUUUUCACCUAGAUAUUCAAACAUACGGAAUAACUAUUCAAUAAAUAGAGAGAAAAAAAUUGGUACAAAUUCAUAUUUUAAUUUUAAAAGGAUUCCACACUGGAUAUGGAUAAUGUUUUUAGACAUAAUAAGCAUUUUAUUAAUAUCACAUCUAAGGAACACAUAAUAAAUCCACAGUUAUCACCCUAGUGUUAACAGAAAAAUAUAAAAUAAUCUUACAUCAGGAAGCAAAAAACAACUUCUACUUAAACAAAUCUCCUUAUUUCUUCUAUUCUGCAGUAAAAUAUACACAAAAUGUAAUGACCCCUGCAUCGCCCAGCAAAUUAUAUUUGAGAUUAUUUCAAACAUGAGCAAUGUGACCUCUUUCUGUUAUUUAAUUUAUUUUUUUGUUUUGCCAUUCCAUUGUAAAGUAAUUUUUGUGUGAACACAAAGGUUAGAGCAAACAUUUAAAAUUAGAAUUGAUCGUUAUUUUUUUUUUAAAAAUGGUUUUUUUUUUUAGUGAAUCUUUGUGACUUGCAUUUAAAUUAAACUAAUUUAGACUCAUUUAACCAUUUUUACCGUGGUUUGCUUUAUUUAGCUAGCAUAGGCAUUAGAUUAGGAGAAAGGAAGUUAUUUAGGUUUUAGAUGACGAUUCCGAAAAAUGUAUGUGUAGCUAGAAACAACAAAAUUACAUGCUAAAAUGUACAGCACAGCAAAAUGUACCUGAAUCCCAGGAGAUGCAUAUGGGUAGUGCACCUGCAGGGACACAUUAUACUUAAAUGGAUUGCCAGAUCACCUCCAUCAUGAAGGAAAAAAGCCUCAAUCCAUAGCUAAGGAUAAAUGUUCUUUAUUCUAAAGUGUAUAAGUGUAUGAAGAUCAUCGUCCGUGUGUUUUGUGCCUCACUGGCAGUCAUCUAAUAAGCCGAAAUGCGUCAGUGGUGAUCUUCACUCUCCCCCUGUGUGUCGUAACUAUACGUUCACUUUGGUUUAAAAAACAUUUAUCUUUACCUAUGGAUCGAGGAUUUUUUUUCUUCAUGGUGGAGAUCCGCCAAUCCAUUUAAGUUUUGAUGGUAUGUAAAAAUAAGUGUUUUACCAACUAGUGUUUAAAUCCAACUAUAUAGGAAAUGAAAGAGACAAAAAAAAAAAAAAAACCUAACCAGACAGCUCAAUGUCCUCCUUUUCCUGGCAUACAGUGUAGAUAGGGAGCAUCAGAAAUGAACAGGAUAGCACUUUGUUUUCUUGAUAGAUUUUGUGAAUAGGGUGUAGAGGUGGAUAAUAGGUUUGGUUCUCCUACAAUCAAUCAUAUAUCUCUCGCCUUUUUGAAGCUGAGGGCUGUCUUGUGGAUUGUCUGGAUCCCGUUCACCUUGAGGAGACUUUUCAGAAAGGAAGUAAAUAAGGUCUUUCUCCUUAUUUCUGAUAGGCUGUGUCUAAACACUAAAUGUCAACGCUUGUCUAUCACUCACUUAUUGUAAGAGAGGUUAAAUAUACACAAUCUAGACGCCCUUUACUUCGAUGAGUCAUCGCUUGUUCCACUUGUUGUCCUACUAUGCAAAUAUUUUCAUUACAUCAGCAAUCAAGAACUUUCCAAUAAGGUCUGAGAUGAUUGCAAACCGUAAAAAGGCACUCUUUCUUGGGUAAUUUCGAACAUAUUUAAACAAUUACUUCCAGACCAUUACCAUAGGAAUUGAAUGCAAACACUACUGCUAUAUCAAGGCCCUAGCAGUAUAACCCAUGUUAAACUAAAUAAUUGCCCUGAAUUAAAGGCUUUGUUGACAUCAAAUUGAAUUUUCAUGAACAAGUCACAAUAUUAGGAUGUUUGCAGGGUUUGGUCAAGACAUUGAUUUCCUUAUACAUUAUGGAAUCAGACCUAUUUCCAAUGCAUUUUGCACAGUUCAUCAUAUUAAGCACAUGUUCACACUAAGCAUAAUAAACUUUUUUGCCAUUAUUGACCUGGGUGACUGUCUCGGUCUCAGUCAUCAUAUUGCUCAGUGUCUAUGAUCAUUACCAUGUUUGUAGUUUACAGGACAUUACCUAGUCUCUUCUCACUUCUGGCUGCUUGGAGUUCUCUUAUAGAUGCUGAUAUUCAUCAAUCUAAAUCUGUUUUAAACUGAUUUGUUUUAUUGUUAUCAAUUUUAUUAUUUGAUCAUUGAAGGUCCUAAAACCACCAUUAAAAUGACUAUAUUUAUUUUCGCCGCAAGCGGAAUAGCUUAGUGUCUGAUCUUUGUGCUUAGCAGUAAUUAGUAGCAGGGUACCUAUUGAUUGCAUGCUGCUGUGGUGCAAGUUGUAGACAUUAAUUAAACACUGAUGGGGGUUCAGAAGGCAACCUCGGCUGAUGCCAGUGACCCUUCCAGAGAACUCCAUUUUAUUUACCACACAAAAAUAUCCCAAAACAUCAUCUAUUUAGAGAAAAGGUAGUGUUUACAUUAGUGCUUGGGAACACCUCUAGUGGCUACUUCUCUGAGAGCCACUGGAGGUGCUUCCUCUGUUGUUUCCACUGUCUGCAUGGAGGCGCUGAACGCUCCAUAUAGAUGCAUUGAAUUCAUGCAUCUCUGUGAGGAGAUGCUGAUUGGCUAGAGUGACGUUUGGCCCUGCUCCCGCCCCAUUGGCUGAGAUCGUUAGAAUCGAUCAUCACAGCCAAUCCAAUGGAGGCGGAUAGGGGCGGAAGCAGUGCCAGCGGACCUGCGCAGUGCUGGAAAAAAUGUGAUUUAAAAAAAAAAAAACUUAUUUAAGGGGUGGGGGGCAGGGAUCCUACAUGUGUUUUUAACACUAUAGGGUUAGGAAUACCACACUAACGGAAGCUGACUCCUUCCUUCGAGCCCUGGGGAUCCCUGCAAGAGCGGUGACGACUGCGACCCCUUCCACCUCACAUACCUGAGACCAAGAACCGUUCCCUUUCCUCCUAUAGGAAGCGAGAGUCAAGCAGCUCCGACCUGAAUUGACUGCGAAAACCCGCAGCAUGAUCUACCACACUGUCAUGUUCUGUUUUAUGUUUUCUUAAUCUUUCUUACUUCUGUUUCUCUAUGUCCUAAAGUUGUUAAAUGUUGUUCAUACAACUGGCACAGGGUAGCUAACCAGUGCUAAUUUCCCCUGUUACCACCUGGCACAAGAUAACCAACCAGUACUACUAACCAAACUGGGGGCUCUCAGUCCCAAGAUGGCCACAAACGAUUACAACAAUACCUCCCCCUCUCCCGUAUUCCCCAAGGUUAGGGGACUUACAUAUGACUCUACCCCCACUGGGGCUCUUUCUACCAACAUCACUGUGGCCACCAGUAAUGGCUCCAUUCGACUAGACAUACGCCACCUGAAACAACCUUCACACCUUCUUGACGAGGGCGACAUACUAACCCAGACUACACCAGGGCAGCCCUGGGUUAGGGCAGUCCACACGCACCAAUUGUCACCCAACAUAAUGGGGGACCUACCGGAGCAGCAAUCAUCGCAGUGCACCUUUAAACAGACUUCUUUAUGUAUGACUCCAGUUGAGACAGGGCCUUUUCUCUUGCGCACCAUCCACUCAAACCCAAAUAGCCUAGGUCUCACAGACGAACCUACCUUAACACACAGCUUCAUCCACAAGAUGCUUCACAAGACGCAAUACAUCUGGGUUAUGCAACACAGGGCAGAAGUUCUAUAACAUACAAUAACACGGCUGCUUAUCCGUACUUACCCUGGCGGACAACUACCAACUCCCAUACCUCUCCAAAGUUAAGAGACCGACUGACUCAAUUAGACAAUUGACCCACGGGUGGCUUCCACACACUUUAAUUUGGCAAUCGUUAUAUUAUUCAUGUUUCUUCUAAUUACCAUAAAAAUAAGUGCUAUGUUAAUGACAUAUCAUACAAUCCAUAUACAUUUUGCUGAUGUUUACACCAUCUGAGAAAUUUCACCGUAUUCCUAUCUGUACAAUUAUGCACUUGAAAAAUAAAGAGUGUAAAAUAAAAUUCCUUCUUGGAAAUGUUUAGAUGGCAAUAUGUAUAAAACUAGUACAAGGAGUUUAUAGACUAAACUAAAUUCAUCUCAACAGUUAGGGGCUACAGAUAAUCUAUAAUAGCACUGGUUAAAUAAAGUCAGAAUAAAAAAAAACAUGAGAAAAUAAAAGCACUUGUAAAGUAGUGGAAAUGAAUAAAAAAUAAUUCUUCAUACCCUCUGGCUGCCUUUAGAAAUAUUAUUUAUAUCCUUUGAGACCAGUCCAGUGAUUUUAUUGUACAGUAAAUGAUGAGUACGGUUUUUAAAAUAAUUUUUUUUCAAUGCGAUCUUCUCCUUUUUGUGCGUAACUCACAAGCUGUAAAAUGUACUAAUUCAACCUACUUCAACUGCCGAAUGAUUUUGGAUUUUGGAUCUUCCUUUGUAAAGGUGUGUCAGUCGAGGAGACGUUCCGGACUCUGAAAAAAGAAGGAAAUGAAUACGUCCAGCAUGGUCAAUACGGAGAAGCUGUGAAGAAAUAUACAGAAUGUUUGGCAUUAAAUUCUGAGGACUGUACGAUAUACACAAACCGGUAAUUGGAUCUACUUUUGAACGACUUUAUGGAUAUUCACCUUGAGCUGUUACUGUGUUCAUUAGCCUUACAAAGACUUCUCAUUAAGCUGCGUUGGGAAGUCUGUGAUUGGACAGUCACAGAAAGUCUGGGCGGGGUUAGAAGGGAAGGGCUUGCAAAGGUGGCAGACAAGAUAACUGUAGGUUUUGCAAGUUGUUUUAGAGGUCCCCCCAAUGAAAAAAAUGCAUAAUUAAACAGUGUUGGUAAUUUUGUUUUAUAUUUUUGUAUUUGGUUCAGUGGAGUGUCCCUUUAAUUGAAUGAUGACUUGUUCCUUUUAUGUUUAGAUUGCUGUGUCCCCCUUUGUUUUCUUUCAUUUUAUAAUUCAAAUUGCUGGAAAUCCUACCUUUAUUCCAGCUCAAAGAAGCUUUGAGGCCUCAUGAUGGCCAUAUGUGUCAAUCUGUGUGAUCUGCCAGUCCUGUGUUCAGGGUCAUCAUGCAUUUCCUGAGAUCAGGGUUCAAGGCCACAUUCAGGGUCAUCAUGCUUUUCAGGAUGAUCUUGAAUGUGAAGUCCAUCACAAAUUGUAGGAUGUAAGGAGGUCUGAUAUCCAGUAAAGUCAUAUUUUAUGUCAAAUGUAAACAUUUACAUGUUUUACAAUGAAUUCUAUUGUUUGAAAAAAGGGGCAGCAUAUAAGAAUCAAAACCACUACGCUAAGUGUCCCUUUAAAUACUCAUUUCAUUUCAGGUAAAGGAUGCUGGAAUGGAAAUCGUAGGCAUUAAACCCACAGUAUGAAAUGUUCUGCUCAGGGCCGUCUUUAAUAUUAAUUGGACCCUUGGCAAGCAUUUGCUUGGGCACCCUGGAACCUGCCCCCCACUCCAUGGCAUGCAAUCACACUUGCGGCUGUCACUUCCUCAGAGGCUGCAGAAAAAUAAGGGGCCUAGUCAUGCUGUUAAAGGGCCACAGAGCCUCCCAGGGCCCCUGCUGAUACAAUGCCACUUGGUGGCCCUAAGUGCAUGGGCCUCCUUAGUGUGUGGGUCACCAGCUGCACCGGCAAGCCCAUGGUGGGGAAAAAAAUUAAUUGUUGAGGGCAGCGUGGCCCACGGGGCAGCUGCUUUUGGGCCCCCCAGGAUUAACUGGGCUUGGUUGCCCCGUUUGCCCCGCGUUAAAGAUGGCCCUGGUUCUACACAAUGGCUUUCUACACUGGAUGCAGGACAUUCUACACUGGACAAAGGGAUUCCACUUGUCACUACCCGUUGUUGAGUGAAAAUUCAUCCCUGGUAGUGUAGGUAUUUAAAUGUCAAGCCUUGCUUGAUGUACGGAUCAUUCAAUAAUUCCAUUUCUUUUAAAUGUAUCUCUCCUUGGAUAAUGCCAAAAAUGACCAAAGGCUAGUUGUUGUAGUUCAGGGCUCAGCAACCUAUGGCACUUGAGCUGCAUUUUGUAUGGCACACAAGGCUGCAAGAGACAAACAGGCUCUGGCCUAUCAGGAUUACCAGUAAGACUUCAGAUAUCUGUGAGUGUAGCCGAGCAGUGAUUGCAGGUGAUGAGGAACAAUUCUCAAUUUAUGCAUUGCAGCACAUAGAUCACUUGUGAACGGGAACUUGCACUGGUGUAGUGCAGCCUGCAUCAGUUAUCGCAGCUCCUGUCCUUGAGCUGUACCUGGCCCGUCCGGUCUCUACUGACCUGAGGGAAGCCACCCACACUGCUAGAUAUGCACAGAGCUGCAGAAUAAGCCUCACCUUCAUAUAAAUAAUACAAACAACCCAUACACAAACAAACACAGUCCCCACAAACACAACACCACUGACAAUCCACAUACACGCACUUAACCCCACAAGCAGCCUCUUACAUGCAAUGCCACAAGCAGCCCUACACAUACACACACUACCAAAUACACAAUGUGACAUAUCAUCCAGACAAACAAUUCAACAAGCAGCCCGUACACACAGCCCACAUUCAUAUCUAUCAUACACAAUACCACAAACUACUCAUAAACCUAUACAAUAUAACAGCACAUAUACAUACAAAUACAACACUGCAAAGCUACUGCAGCCACCCAUAAAUAACACAAGCACAAUACAGCAACGUACACACAUCAAUAAAAAAAAAAACAGGACUGGUACACCAAAGGACUUCAAUAUCUCAUUUUGGCACAGUACUACUACAAGGUUGCCUACCUCUGCUCUAGUAUUUAAUCUGAUGUCCCUACUAGAACAGACAUGGCUUCAUAUUCCGGGCUUCUCAAUGCAGUACAUGUUGGAACGUGGCUUUACAGAUUCCGAAGAGAUUUUGAUCUUUUUACCUGCUGGUUGAUUUGCAAUAACAAGCCCUAAAUUGUGCUGGGUCUUAUCCUUCACAUGAUUGAAGGUAGAAUCUCUUUCACGUGUUCAGUGUUUUAAAGUGAAUGCUGUCUGCUUUAAGAGGCAUUGAGUAAUUCACGCAUUCAAUCCAACAGACUAGUAGGGAAGGGCUAUAAACUAAACCAGCUCAUUAUACUCUGUUUAUAAAGAAUUCAAUAACCAACACACCAAAUCAUCAGUCCCAAUCUUAUUAAAUAAACAGAAGGUUGGCUUGUGCAGUAAAUGUAAUUUUACAUUACGGAUUUCGAUUUUUAUUGUUAGUGACUUUUGUUAUAAACCUAUAUGGACCCAUUUAAACCCCUGACAACUAUACAUGAGGAGACUUGGUUAUUACUAAAGUUUGACCCAAUUACUGCUGCUAUUCCGCUUAGCGGCAUUCUGCACACAUACGCUCUGAAUGUUUUGUGUGACGUAAAGUUUGCGAGGCAUGUUGGACAUAGAACACAGAGCAUCUGUUAGGGACGGAGCAUGUAAUUAUAUCUUAGAAUAUUUUAUUUUAAGGACAAACCUCUGUGUUUAUACAGAUACUAGCCAUCUGACUAAGCAUUGAUUUAAACGUAGAAAAAAAACAAAAAAACGUAAUACUAAAUAUGACUUGGGCAUAUAUUGCAUCAUAAUGUGAAGGAAGACGUUUAAUGGUGUUUUCAGCAUGAAGCUAAAUCACCCAGACGUGUACAGCUCAAUGUAUGUUUUAUGGCUUUUUGAAUGCACCCCAUAAUGUAACAACCUGUGGCUUUUUAUGGGGUUUGUUUGCUAGUUUAUUUUUGGCAUAGAUAAAAUCUGAGACUUGUACAAAUACUUUUCCUAUAUCUUGGUUAAGUACCAGUUUAGCAAGCCUCUCUGAUGUCCGUCUUCGUCACCAUUAACUUCACAGAAAUAGGGAGAAAAAAUAUUACAAUCUUUUAUAAAGGUCUUUUAAUUGAAUUUCGAUUCUUAGAAAUAUAAUCAUGUCAGCUGGAUCCAUAGCUGUUCAACAACUAGUACCUUCAGAAGUCACAAUUUAGAGUCGGAUUAAAAGUGUAAGGACACAAUUUUCAUAAGCCAUGGUAAUAGCUGAACAAAAGACCAGCACAAAGGUGUGUCUUAAAUCGGAACAAACAAUGGAUUGUUCCCAUUGUGUCUUUUAUGUCUUGUGCCUCUGCUUUUGUUGUUUUUGCUUCGUGUUUCUUGAAAGCAUGUUACAUUUCGUACAUCUAGAUGUCGACUCUUGUAUGCAGUAAACAUAAGACGAGUGCCCUGGAUUUGUUUACGACAAACACCGUUGAAGGUUGUAAAAUUGCUUAACUGACAAAUGGCUCUUUUAAAGCUGAUCCUACAUUUUCUAUUAUAGAGCCCUGUGUUACUUGAAACUAUGCCAAUAUGAAGAGGCCAGAAGUGACUGUGAAUGUGCUCUGCAGAGGGAUUCCUCAAAUAUCAAAGCUUUGUACAGGCGAGCACAGGCCCACAAAGGAUUAGAGGUAAAUAGGAAUAUUGGCAGCCAGAACAUUACAGCAUCACUUCAGAAUUCCUGUGACCACGGGCAGCAAUUUUUGUAAACUGAUUGUAAAACCUGCUGGGGCUGUGAAUACUAUAUUAAUAAACGUUAUAUUUCAUAGCCAACAUUUCUUUAGGGAAAAUAAAAUAAAUUAUAAUCUAAAAUGAUAUUCAUCAAACCAAAAAAGACGAUAUUUUAAAUCCUUUCAUUUACUUAAUUAUGUAUAAAAUACUCACCUCUUAAAACGGACGGUAGGUGGAUUACAGAAAGCUUCUGUUUUUUUUCUCAGAUGCUGUGUUGUUGAUUUCAGUUUGUGUGUUAGCUGCUACUCUGAUGGCAGUCAUUGUGAAAGCAGUUACUGUGGAAUAAUAGAAAAUUGUGAGCCUCUAAAGUCAUUAUCUGCUGUAAAUGUAUUUGGGUCUGUGCAAAUCCCUUUACCAUAUCUUGAUUGAUCACUAAUGGAGAAUUAUGUCUCCUGCAAUGUUAUAGUAUUGUACCUGAGAAUUUUUUUUAAAUUUAUUAAAUUAAUAUUUUUCAAUAAGCGUUUCAAAUUAUGUAAUAUUUUCGAAUAGACUUUUAAAGUUUAAAAAAAGUUUUUUAUAAUACGUUUAAAAAAAAUAUAUACAUUUCAUUAUUUUUUCGAGAGGUUAUCAUUUCAUUUUGAACAUAAGUGUAUUUAUAAACAAGUUUUUAAAAUAUAUUGAUAUUUUACUAUAUACUAUAUAUAUCUUUUUUUUUGUAAUGUAUUUAUUUGAAUAUACUGAUAUUUUGAAAAAUUUUUUCAAGAGUUUUUAUACAAGAAUAUUAAGUAGUUAGAAAAGCUUAAAGCUUAACAAAUAACAAAUCGUGGUGUAUGUAGACUUUCGAUCACUAUGAAAGUUCGACUAUUGCUAGGAAUCGGUCAGGGAUGCUGACAAGCAGUAGAAACGGUAAGAUGGAACAAAGCUGAAAUUGUAGACAAACAGUAUUAUUUAGGGGUGUUGACAACAUUGCUAUAAAUAAGAAACCUAUAAUGUACCUGGUAAUUAAUUAUAAACAUUCUUCAUAAAACUGUAGACACACCAGGAACAACCAAACCUUUCUGGGGAAUGGUUAGUGGUAAUUGUAGCCACCAUACUGAACAAGCCAAAUCCUGUAUUUCAGAAUUAUCAAGAAUGUGCCAGCGAUCUACAAAAAACCCUUUCUCUGGACCCAAAGAACCCUGCAGUACUGGCACUGAUGAAUGAAAUAACUCCGUGUCUCCAUUCCGGUAGCCAGGGAAAACUAAGAAAAAAGAUUGAAAUAGAGGAGGUACGUCUUCUUCUAAUUGGAUAACACAGCAAUGUCAGUGACUCAUCAUGACUUGCAUUUUACAUAAUGAUAAGUUUUUGACUGAUUUUACAAUUUGCAAAUGAAAAAUUACCUGUUUUUAGAUUUUUUUUUAUCAAUAGCCGGCUGCUGUCCAGUUUCUAAAGCUUUCUGGUGGGCUUCCUACAAUGGGCCCAUCAGUUUCUGGUCAAUGGGCUUGUGAUGGUUCCAAGGUAUCUGGGUGAGCUUCCAAAAGGCAUGUGUGAUGGUGCUUGUGUGGAAGCACAACAAUAUGUGUGCAUGUGUUCCUUAAUAAGGUGAUCCUAGAAUGCAAGGGUUUAGAGCACGCUUUCCAAACCGACUUCACAAACUAGUUUUAAAAAAUAUAUAUUUUUGUGCAUUGAUACAAGUUAAUGCUUUGGAAGCAAUGUGACUCUGGAUAUAACGCAAACCAUGAUAGUACACACAGCUUUAUUAAUUAAACUGUAAAUGCUAGGAAUUAAAAACAGAGUUGCAAAAUAUAUUUCCAGUUUUCAAUUUACUGUUUAGUGGAUAAACCCUACUGCCGCAUACGUGUGUCACAUAAUGUUACACACAGUUUGUUCUGUGAUUUUGGGUCACUGUUUAGAUUUUGUUGUGCAGAUUUGUACCUUAUAAUCUGUCUGUGAAUGUAAAUUGAAGAUUUCCUCUGAUUCCAGAUAGAGUUGCCAUCUCCGCCACUCAGUGAUUGGUCCUCACUGAAAAGGGUUUUAAAAUGGAGUGGUGUCUAUCUGGAAAACACCAUGCUUUUACUGAACAAUGGCUUCACGUGUCUCUGUCCUGGGCCUUUGUAUUAGGCUGUUUGUAUGGACAGAAUGUAUUUUGGUAGAUAAUAUCUGUACACUUCCUACCAUAGCUGACGUUUUUAUUUAGUUAGUCACAAAUGGUCAUGUACACAAACAGAGAGUACACUUGACAAAUGGCCCCAUAAGACAUGGCGAUGCUGCCUUACGGCCUCACCAGGUUUUAUACCAUUUAGAUCUAUUGAUGAGUUCCUCCAGAUCAAAGUCCAUCACCAAGUUAAAUCAUCUUAUUCACUGCAGUGAGUUAUGGGAAUUGUAUUCUAAUGAAAACUAGAAGCCCAGGCUAAGCAAAGCUACAUUAAAACCGCAUCUUGGUUAAAAAAAAAAAAAAAAAAAACAAGAGAGAAGGCUUUAACAACUGGCUUGCCUGAAGUUUACAAAGGUCCUUAAAUUGAAGUAACUAACCAGAGUAUGUGUUCUUCUUACAGAGACUGCUGAGAUAUAUGAAUGUGUAAAUAUGAUUUGAUAAUGAGAUCAUUUAGCAUACAUCCCAGGUGUCCCUGUUUAGGCAGGACAGUCCCUCUGUUGUCCCCAAAUGCCAUAACCUGCUUUCUUUUGUGUGAUAACGACCCUCUUCUAAAAACUCCAAGUUUGUGGUAUUUUAAAUGCUUUACUGCACAAUAAACCUCUCAGUAAUUGAGUCUACGGUAGAAUGUUUUUUUAAAUUUUUUUACAAAUAAAUCUGUAGAGAUAAAAACAUUGGAUCUUGGCCAUUUGCAGUGUUGCGAAGUAUACAUUUAGUGUGUAUAAUCUGUACAUAUAAUUACGUACAAUUCUGAAUUUGUAGUUUGUUAUAUUUACACACGUAUUCCAACAUCAGAAAUUUAAAGCACUGUGAGUUUGUGUGUGUGUGUGUGUGUGUGUGUGUGUACUGAGAGCCUGUAGUCCUCGCUCUCUGUGCUAUACCAGUGUGUAAUAGGUUCCACGUAACGGCCUUAAUUGAAGGAUAACUGUAAGUCUGUUAGAUGUUUAAUACCUUGUUGACCUCAGAGGACGCGCUUUUAUGGGAUGAUUGGAUUUAUACUGGAAAUAGCUGUGGUUCUUCCUGUCUCACUUUGUUGGGAAUGCCAGGAAUUUUCAGAAUUAAAGAGGAAGCAUCACUUUUCUUUUGUAUCCUUUAUAACUUACAAUAUACCGUAAUUAAUCUGCAUGACAAGCCCUGUGACUUUUGAGGGUCAAAUUAUAUUAAUGGAAAUAAAUUUAAAAAAUAGAGCUACUGACUCCUUUUAUGCAUGUGGUAUUUCAAAUUUCAAGUUAUUUUUAAGGAACACGGUUGCAGUGGUUAUGGUGCCUGGAAUGCGCUGCCGCCAUCCCAGCAGAAUCUAAUACAUUGUUUUAGCAUGGUUUGACAUUUACCUUGGUCCCGGCGUGCUGACUGAGAGAAUUAGCUACGCUUUAUUAACCAAUUAAUAAGAUCCUCUAAUAGGCCAGAAACAGCAUGGGUAUGUUCGACAUCUCAAACAAUACCCUACAUUUGAAAUCACAUUUUUCGUUUCACAGCCACGUUAUUCUUCCUUAUAUUUUAUUUGGUUCUAUGUCAGUAUUUGAAUCCCCCCUUAUAGUGGGAUUUACAAUGGAUGGAUCAAACGUUUCUUCCUGGUUUUAUUUUAUUUGUCAUCUUUAUUAGUAUAAUUCCUAUUAACUCUAAGGAAAUUCCCCUUUAGGAAGACUAAUUAACCAUGGAUGAUGGGUGUUCUAUAUGUAUACAAUUAUUUGUAUCUACAGUUUUAAAAAAAAGCUUUAAUUCAAAAUAUUUCUGUAUGAAUAGUCAGAUCAAAAAAAUAAUUUCCAUCUUUGUAUAGUUAUAUGAAUUAUUUCACACUCAUUGUUUAGAGUGUUCUGGACAGUUGCUAAAGAUUCUUCAUUUUCAUCCCAUAUGACAAAGACAUUGUUAUAAAACAGUCUGAGGACUAGGAAGGGAUGAAUUCAUGUGCCCCUAGUGACCUGCCAAGUCUUUAUGCCUUUUAUUUAUUUCGAUUUAUCUAUAGGUAUCUGAACAGGAAGAAGAAUCUGCAAAAAGCAUUCCGGCACAGGAAUCGAUACCUAUUAAUUCCUGCCCAAAUGGUGCAUAUCAAAAUAACAUAUCAGAAAACACAGCAGCAAAGCCUCAGAUUACAAAACCUACCAACGCCUAUGAGUUUGGCCAGCGGAUGAAUGAGGUGAAAGCGGCAAAGGAUUUGGGGGCCUGUGCAGAACUCUUGUUGUCCAUAGACCCAAAAGACUUGCCAUUGUUUCUGAGCAACAAGUUAGAAGGAGAUAUUCUUCUGCUGAUUGCACAGUCGCUGGCACACAAUCUUCUGGACCAGAACCCGGCACUGGUAUACCAGCACCUCUCACACCUGAUCAAAGCAGAACGGUUCCAGGUAUGUGUAUGCCACCAUGCAGUAAAAGGUUUAAGGGGUUUACUGCAGUGAGUCCCACCCAUUCAUUCAACAACCAUUACAUGUCCAUGAUGAGGCCACAUCUUGGGUCAUCCUAAAUUCCCGAACCCAAGAUUUUUUGAGGACUUGUUAAAAAAAACAAUGCUACAAAGUAUGUCUAAAUGUGAAAUGCGAAUUGUACCUUAAAAAACAUAGGAGAAGCAACUGUGCCCAUGAUCACUUGAGAAUGGUCAGAGUUGGCGAGUUGAGAAUCAUCGAUAAAGUAUUACAAGAAUCAGAAAGCUCUUCUUUGGAGCUCAUAUUUCCGAGGAUGCAUUGGCCUACUUAGCCCAGUGUUUUCUAAAUGCUGUAGUAAUCUGUAAGAGGAUUAAUUAUCUUUAAAACUGAUGCUCAGUUUAAGUAAAUAACACAGUACGUAGUUUCUACAUUUCAAUUUAUUGGGUGAUAUCAGAUUAUGCAACUGAAUCAUUUUAUUCCUUGGGAACCCAGUAAAGUAGAUUGGAGAUUCUGUUUACACAAUUCAAGGGAUCCUGAUCAGUAAUCUGUAACAUAGUGUGAGAUUAUGACGGGGAUGGAGCCUUGGAAUUAAUAAACUGCCUGCAUCACUGCCAUGCUUAUUAAUAACGUGGUCUUGCCUUUUCUGUACGUACAAUGGAAGCAUCUCAUAGGAUGUUUAUUUGUUUCAGAUGAUGCUAAUGCUUCUCAACAAGAACGAAAAAGCUGAAAUUCAGAGACUUUUUACACUUCUCUAUGAAAAUCCAUGUGAAAAUGUCAAGACGGAGGAUGUUCGGAAUCUUGCUAAGCAAUAUGAACUUUAAGUGCGCGCCCACGUAAUGCACUUUUUUUAUAUACUGUUUGAUUGGUGAUAUCGUUAGGGAAGGUUAAACUAUGCAAAUUUAAAUAACGGAGUUCACAGGUUAAAUUCCUAAGCCUGACUGUUAUUAAAUAUUAUUUAAAUUUGGUGGUUUUCCAUGGAGAAGUAUUUUAAUAUCUCUGGCUGAAAUGACAAUGAUGAUGGUAUUUAAACCACUUGCAUGGAAGCACUACUGCUAUUAUGCUGAUUAAUGUGGACGCACGAAAAAUGUCAUCACCCCUUAUGAAAUGAUUUAGCAGGAAUAUGUGUUUAGCCAUGGUUUAUUCCACUACAUUCAUUCUACUAUAGAUAUUUAGUUAGUAAAUUGUCUCACCAAGUGUAACAUUUAUCAGAUUCAAUUGAAAUACUUAAAUUGUUAAGGGUUUAUCUUGACACAGCAGAUGUUUGUGACCUAUGGGAAAGCAUUGGAUUGGCUGAGAUUGUCAACUCUGAUGAUCUCAGCCAAGGAAGCGGAGCCAGCACCGGCAGACCCGUGCGGCAAUGGAAUAAAGGUACGUUUUAACAAUUGGGUGGGGGGGAAGGGAGUGGGGGCAGAGGCCUAUAUGCCAUUUGUAACUCUAUAGGGUCAGGAAUACAUGUUUGUAUUCCUUACCCUAUAGUGUUCCUUUAGCCUUGUUACACCCCCUGACUUUCAAACCUGCUCUUACGACCAGUCCUGUUACUUCCUGGUUGUUUGAUCAGUGGAGCUAAACUCAAGAGGCAGCAAUUGCCCAGAGCACCAGCUUUGUUACAACUUCUCAUUGAGCUGCAUUGGGAAGUCUGGGUUGGGUGCAAAGGGUAGGGCUUGCAAACAAUAUAUCUGUAGCUUUUGCAAGCUGGUUUUAGAUGAUAUAUCUCCAAGAUAAAAAAAAAAAAAAAAUUCAGCAACAAAAUGCAGCCAUGUUAUCAUUGGGGGUAUAUCUACUAAAUUGUUGAAAAUUAAUUAUUUUCCAUUUUUAAUAUUUCUUUAAAGGGAUACCCUAAGCAAAAUAACCAUAAGUUUGUGCUGUAGUAGUUAUUGUGCUCGGAGUCCCCUGGUGCCCUCCACCUGACUUAAUGAUCCAUUCUGGGAAGCUGCCCGGGUGCUCAACGGAGCCAGGUAAAUGUUAAAUUGUCAGUUGGCGCCAGGUGACUCUUGGCACCAUAACCACUACAGAGAUCUUUUGGUGAAAUAUUUUAGCUUUAUAUGGGAGGUCACGGGAAUGUUGGGAAAUGUUAUAAGCACAAGAGAUGAGAAAGGUACCAAUAUAUUCCUGUAUAUAGCCCCGUCUCUGGACAAUUCAUCAAAAACUCCAGACUUGGUAAUAAUGAUAUUUGGUGGAAAUAUGUUAAUGAUAUUCUAUAUUAAUGACAAUACAUGUGAAUGGUAUUAUGUAAUUGUGGAAAUAUAUCCAUGGCAUUAUUAAACGAAAGCUAAAAGAUAAUAGAUUUUAUUCAGUUUAUAUACAGAAUAUAGUGUAUCUGUAAAGCAGGAGUUUACUGGUAAAUAUAUUGUUUAGAAUAACUAUUUUAUCAACCAUUGGACCAGAACAAUGUACAGCAAAUAUCCUUAUGAUGAACCUUUUUAUCCGUGAUGAGCACAUUCCUGCAGUGAAACACUCACCCAACAUUUUUUCUUUCUCCGCAAACCUGUUAAAACAUUUUAUUUCAAUGCUCAAAUGUUUUACAUUCUGGAGAAACAAAUUAUGGUGCAUAAAUAAAUUAUUAUUAUUAUUAUUAUUAUUAUUAUAGCCAUGUAUCAAUGAAUGUACUGUUUUUGGGGACAGAAAUGUUUGCAACGCUUUAUGAUAGAAGUCGCCACUUUUAUAACGGAGUGCCGAAUUGUUCCCCAGUUGUCACUCAGCUUUGUGGAGCUAAAGGAAGUGGAAGAAAACCUCCCUGACUGUCUAACGGAAGUGGCAACUGCACCUGCCUUCUUCCCUUCUCAAUGAGCUGUAUAAACACUGCGAUCGCAUGCGCAUGCACACUUGCAACUCCAGCACAGAAACUUCCAUGAGAAGCCUCUGAUUUGUUUAUUCCCUGGCACAGACUGAAAGUCUGAUCUGGAGAAAGAGGGGGGAGGGCUUGCAAACACUGCCGAUAGCAGGUCUGCAGCUUUUGCAAACUUUUUUUUUUUUUUUUUUUAAAUACCUACGAAGAAAACAUGCAGAAAAAUACUUGCAUGUUUUAAAUGGUGUUCCUUUAAUGAGAAAACUAACACAUAGGAGAUUCAUUGAUUCAGCAUCCAUCACUGAUAUUAAAGGAUGGACUUCAACUCUAACCCAUUCAGAACCAAAGGUCGUAACAUGGUUUUCCUGCUCUGAAUAGGAUUUGUGGGUUAUUUAUUCUGAAACAGACUGGGGCUUGUUGGUGUAAGACAAGUGACGUGGGCAUUGUUAGAUCUCGUAAUGAACGAAUGAUACGGCUUUCUCUAUCAUUCUCUCCUUAUCGUUUUAUCUGUAAAUAGGUUUACAAUCUGUUUACCAAAAUAAAUAUAUAUAUAUAAAUGGAUAAUGAGAUAGGAAUGUAAAUGGAAUUGUUACAAAUGUUUGCAUACAUUGCCUAUACCAUAUUUAUCACACUUGAAACUUUGAUAAACUUUUUUUUUCAUGUCAAA